AUGAGGAUCUUAAGCAGUUCGGCCGACACCACGGCUGAGGAGGCCAGGUAGCGGGGCCCCUCGCCCUGCAGUGUGCGCGAGUACCUCAUGGUGAGCACCAGUGAGGUGGUCUGCAGCACCAGCACGCCCAGGGACACGUACUUGAGAUGCGACUGGGACGGGGAGACAGGGGGCGAUGACAUGGAAACGAGGUGGGAUGAGGCCAGGGGUGAAAGGCCUGGUUUAGGCUAUGGGAGAGAUAGAUAGACAGUGAGACAGGCUGGGUUACGCCAUAUGUCCACCAGAUGCACAUGCGUUUUGCCAUAUGUUGUUUUUGCCGGAUGUCUAGCCUGCAUUUUCUGUACUUGAAGCGGCAGAGCGGUUUGCAGCAUGGAGAAGAUCAUUUUCGCCCUGUUUGACCAAAGCUAAUAAUUAAAAACAGAUGAAAGUUAUUCUCCUAUCGAUUUCAUAGGCUGGCAGAGCUAUCAACAGACUGUCACGCAUUACAACAAUUAAUCUAGUUUGUUUCUAUUCUUCUGUCACAUUAAUCUCUAGCAACAUGGUCAUUAUAAUGUGGCCUCUGUAUGGUGCCACCCCCUCCAUGCGGAACUUAUUUUUAUUUAUUUGGUAUUUAUUUUUUUACCCCCUUUUUCUCCACAAUUUCGAUCGUCUCAUCGCUGCAACUCCCCAAUGGGCUUGGUCGAGUCAUUCGUCCUCCGAAACAUUACCUGCCAAACCGCGUUUCUUAACACCUGCCAGCUUAACCCGGAAGCCAGCGCACCAAUGUGUCGGAAGAAACACUGUUCAACUGAAGACCGAGUUCAGCCUGCAGGGCAGGCGCCCCGCCCGCCACAAGGAGUCACUAGAACGUGAUGAGCCAAGUAAAGCCCCCAGGCCAAACCCUCCCCUAACCCCGACGACGAUGGCUGGGCCAAUUGUGCGCUGCCCUAUGGAACUCCCGAUCACAGCCGGUUGUGAUACAGCCUGGGAUCAAACCAAGGUCUGUAGUGACACCUCUAGCACUGCAAUGCAGUGCCUUAGACCGCUGCGCCACUCGGGAGGCCUCUAUGCGGAACUUUUAUGAACUUCCGUUUGUACCACCGCACUGUAGUGCAACGCACCAGUUGAAAAUACUGAACGCAUGCGGUACACAGAACGCACCGCAGCCUAGUGAGACAUCCCAAACCUGCCGUUGCGGACUGCUCCAUUGACAAUGAAUGACUUUAGCAGGAACGCAAAGAGUUUGACGCAUCUGGUGGACAUUAACCUUAGGCUGUGGGACAGACAGACAGGACAGUGACGACACUGGCUGGGUUAGGCUGGAAGACAGUAGCUAUGUUUUCAUGAACUUGUCCAGUGAUUUUCUGUCGACAUUUAGAAAGUUCACUUAGAAAACAGAUGCGACAAUUGCCUGCUGGGGUGCGUUUCCAUUUUAUGCUGUUGUCAUCGACACAAGACAGUUAACUCGGAACUGGGAGCACAGAAAUCUCCGACUUCCGACUUCAGUGUGUUCAAAACAACUGGGAACUCAGAAAAAAACGAGCUCCGAUUAGGAAAAAUGUUUUUGAACGGUCAUCCACCUCGGAAUUCCAACUCGGGAACUCAGGCCUAUUUCUAGAGCUCCAACGUUCGGACCUGAAGAUCACUGGCAUCAUGAUUUGACCUCAGUUCCCAGUUCUUUUGAACGCGGCAUAACUGUCUUGUGUCGAUAAAAACAGCUGGACUUAAUGAUGUCACACCUAAAAAAUAAAAAAUAAUAAAAAUAAACGUUUUCACAAAGACCUACAGUGCCGAAUAAAUAUUUUGUGGUUGAAGUGUUGCCAUUACCCAUUUAGGCAAAUUGCGCAUUCAUAAAUUGGCGACAGCCUGUAUGCCCUCCCACCUAUCUGUUUCAUCUCUCAGGUAGCCCGCAAAAGCCAGCAUGGAUAGAAUGCAAUAAUUGACUAAUAUUUGCCAUAUUCUAAUAAUUCUCAUGUGCCAACGUAUUCUAAUAAUUCUCAUGUGCCACGGUCCGUGCCAUGGUGAAACUUGCACUCCUGUAGAUCUGAAAUAAUUGGAUGGUGAAACUUGCUAGCCAACUAGAAAAGCAAGACGAAGCAAUUCAGGCAUUCUUGAAAGUCAAGACAAUCCUUGUCCUGCAAAGAAACAUAAUUUUUUGUAGUUUAACAUUUUUUAUUUUGCAAGCAGUAGGCAUUUAGAAUUAAAUGUGGAGUGGAGUUUAUAGUUACGUGAUGACAUCACGUGCCCCACGUACCUUCAAAAGUAAUGUACCCGUUACGUAUUUCAUUUUGCUGUACGUCUUACCCCGCUACUGACGCAAGAUGGCGGAGAGCCUCUCUCGUCAGAGAUUGCAUUUAUUUUGGGAGAAUGCAAAAUAUGACCUUUUCAUUCAAGACAGGAUAAAUAUAUUGUUUCAGGUGAUAAUAAAACAUGUUUUGUUUAGUUACUUUUUCCUCAACUUGUUUCUCUAACUUUAUAGCAAGUCAAGUUAGCUUGCACUGCAGCUAGGCUAGGUUAGGUUGAAGAUACCGCUGUAGCUAGCAACCUCCACCUAAUAACUAUCAUCAAAAACAAACGUCAUUACCAUCACAGUAAACUUAAAUGGGAGGUGUGUAUUAUUUAACAUUACUAUUAAAAUAGUACUCACUUAUAGGAAUGGGUAAUUGUUUACAAGUUGCUAGCUAUCCCAUAAAGCCAUCACCCCGAAAACAACAUAUUUUCAUCUUCUGUGGUUUGGUAACUUCAUGUUCUUCGACGGACUCUGGCUGGACUGAAGACGAAGCAUAGUUUGAAAAAUGUAAAAGUACACGGCGUCCGUCUCGCAACGGAGCCUUCAACCAAAAGGGGGCAUUGCUAUUCUACUCCAUUGUGGAUGUCCCCAUUGAAAUGCAUGACAUCCAGCGCAACGUAACAGAGUGCUUAUGGGUAAUGUGAAUGAGGCUUUUGGCUAUCAUCAUUUAUUCGAAAAACAGUUUCCAUAAUCAUUUGUUGCAAUAAAGAAAGUUAGACAAAGUAAAAAAUCCACCCCUGUCGAACGGAUAAAAAUGUUGUCGAUCUUUAGAAAAUGUAUCCUAUAUUUGGCGUUUCCAUGACAUGUCGCAAUGAUUUGCAGUCAAACGGCACCAGCUGCUAAUCAAAGUUACUAAAACAAGCACCAAUUUUCAAUUGGACGAUUAGCUCACAGUGUUGCAAGACUGGCUCAGGGCUCCAGAUAACAUGUGUCCCCUUUUUCAGUUGGUGGCACCAGCCCAUUAUUUGGUCGCACAAUUAGGCUAUAUUUAUUGUAUUUUACUGUCAAAAUAGAGCUCCAGAAUGUUUAGAUUUUGGGGUUCAAUAGAGAUGAAUUUCCCUUCAUCUUUAUGAGCAUUAGGCUAAUAUUACAUACUAGCGGCACCCUGCCCUUACAGUCGCUAAAUAAUUGGAAAAUAAUAAUUUGAUUCAAUGCAAUUCUACCCUCCUGCAAAAAAAUUCUGGAGCAUUUAAGAAACUCCCAUAGGCCUAUUUCCCGUGGGAUCAUGGCACUUGUUGCUUUAUCAAAUUCAAUGUUGUGAUGGCCUUUCAUAACAAUUAGGUUAUUGUUGCUAUAAUUCUACUGUCAGAAUAGGGCUCCAUAAUUGCAGAUGUAUUUUGUUCAAUAGAUUUUAAUUUGCAUACAUCUUGUUGUGUACAAAUAUCACAUAGGCGAAUUCAACUGGGGCUAAUUACUUAGGAAGGGGAAACUAAAAAAACAAAACCACAACAGCCCACUGUUUUUCGUGCGAUUGCAUUUUGAAAUGUUGCAUUUCUCUCUUCCUCCCCUUCUCUCCAUCUAGGCUACUCAGAGUGCACAUGGAGAAACAGGGACAGGGCAAACACUUUAACACAGGGAGGAACAGGGACAGGGCAAACACUUUAACACGGGGAGAAACAGGGACAGGGCAAACACUAACACAGGGAGAAACAGGGACCAGACAGGGCAAACACUUUAACACGGGGAGAAACAGGGACAGGGCAAACACUUUAACAGGGAGAAACAGGACAGGGAACAACAGGGGAACACACAGGCAAACACUUUAACACAGGGAGAAACAGGGACAGGGCAAACACUUUAACACGGGGAGAAACAGGCACAGGGCAAACACUUUAACACAGGGAGAAACAGGGACAGGGCAAACACUUUAACACGGGGAUAAACAGGGACAGGGCAAACACUAACACAGGAGGACAGGAAACACUUAACAGGGGACAGGGCAAACACUUCAACACGGGGAUAACAGACAGGGCAACAGGGGGCAAAACAGCAACCUUUAACACGGGGAGAAACAGGGACAGGGCAAACACUUUAACACAGGGAGCAACAGGGACAGGGCAAACACUUUAACACGGGAGGGACAGGGCAAACACUUUCAACACUGGAGUAAACAGGGACAGGGCAAACACUUAUUACGGGUGAGAACAGGGACAGGGCAAACACUUUAACACGGGGAGAACAGAGGAACAAACACAGGGACAGGGCAACACUUACUUUAACACAGGGACCUAAAGGGGAAACAGGGACAGGGCAAACACUUUAACACAGGGAGGGACAGGGCAAACACUUUAACACGGGGAGAGACAGGGCAAACACUUUAACACGGGGUUAAACAGGGACAGGGCAAACACUAACACGGGGAGAAGGAAGGCAAAUUACAGGGGGAACAGGGCAAACACUUUAACACGGGGAGAAACAGGGACAGGGCAAACACUAACACGGGGAGAAACGGACAGGGCAAACACUUUAACACGGGAGAAACAGGGACAGGGCAAACACUUUAACACAGGGAGGGACAGAGCAAACACUUUAACACGGGGAGAAACAGGGACAGGGCAAACACUUUAUUACGGGGUUAAACAGGGACAGGGCAAACACAACACGGGGAAAAGGAAACAUAAGGGAAAAAGGACAGGGCAAACACUUUAACACGGGAGAGAACAGGACAGCAAACACUUUAACAGGGAGAAACAGGGACAGGGCAAACACUUAACAGGGGAAGAAACGGGACAGGGCAAACACUUUAACACGGGGAGAAACAGGGACAGGGCAAACACUUUAACACGGGGAGAGACAGAGCAAACACUUUAACACGGGGAGAAACAGGGACAGGGCAAACACUUAAUUACGGGGUAGAAACAGGGACAGGGCAAACACAAACACGGGAGAAACGGGGACAAACACUAACACGGGGUGAAAAAAGGGACAGGGCAAACACUUUAACACAGGGAGAAACAGGGACAGGGCAAACACUUUAACACAGGGAGAAACAGGGACAGGGCAAACACUUUAACAUGGGGAAAAACAGGGACAGGGCAAACACUUUAACACAGGGAGAAACAGGGACAGGGCAAACACUAACACGGGAGAAACAGGGACAAACACUUUAACACGGGGAGAAACAGGGACAGGGCAAACACUUUAACAUGGGAGAAACAGGGACAGGGCAACACUUUAACACAGGGAAAAACAGGGACAGGGCAAACACUUACACGGGGAUGAAAAUCAGGUUAUCAUGGGCAAACACUAGAAAGGGAAGAGAAAAAGGGAAGGUCAAACCACCUUUUACACAGGGAGAAACAGGGACAGGCACACUUUUAACACAGGGGGAAAAACAGGGACCAUGUGGCACUUUAGACACGACGAGAAGAAAACAGAGGACAAGGCAAAACUAACACAGGGAGAAAACAGGGAAUGGUCAAAACUUCAAACAUGGAGAAACAUUGAAGACAGGGAAAACACUUUAACACAGGAAAUCAGGGACAGCAACUUCUACACGGGUUGAGAAACAGGGACAGGGCAAACCACUUUAGCAGGGAUCGUUUCCAAAUCAGUGUUGUUAUCUGUCCCAAAAUAAAAAUCUGAGUGCAAGUGACCCUGCUAGAAGCUUAAAGCUGUAAUUUAAAGUGUAAUUUCCACCUUUGUCUACCAGCUCACAUUUGUUGCCUAUGCUUUAGGCCUAGUGUUUAUUUGGCACAUUACAGUGAGGGAAAAAAGUAUUUGAUCCCCUGCUGAUUUUGUACGUUUGCCCACUGACAAAGAAAUGAUUAGUUUAUUAUUUUAAUGGUAGGUUUAUUUGAACAGUGAGAGACAGAAUAACAAAAUUUAAAAACGCAUGUCAAAAAUGUUAUAAAUUGAUUUGCAUUUUAAUGAGGGAAAUAAGUAUUUGACCCCUUCUCAAUCAGAAAGCUUUCUGGCUCCCAGGUGUCUUUUAUACAGGUAACGAGCUGAGAUUAGGAGCACACUCUUAAAGGGAGUGCUCCUAAUCUCAGCUUGUUACCUGUAUAUAAGACACCUGUCCACAGAAGCAAUCAAACAAUCAGAUUCCAAACUCUCCACCAUGGCCAAGACCAAAGAGCUCUCCAAGGAUGUCAGGGACAAGAUUGUAGACCUACACAAGGCUGGAAUGGGCUACAAGACCAUCGCCAAGCAGCUUGGUGAGAAGGUGACAACAGUUGGUGCGAUUAUUCGCAAAUGGAAGAAACAUAAAAGACUGUCAAUCUCCCUCGGCCUGGGGCUCCAUGCAAGUUCUCACCUCGUGGAGUUGCAAUGAUCAUGAGAACGGUGAGGAAUCAGCCCAGAACUACACGGGAGGAUCUUGUCAAUGAUCUCAAGGCAGCUGGGACCAUAGUCACCAAGAAAACAAAUCCUGCAGCACCCGCAAGGUCCCCCUGCUCAAGAAAGCACAUAUACAGGCCCGUCUGAAGUUUGCCAAUGAACAUCUGAAUGAUUCAGAGGAGAACUGGGUGAAAGUGUUGUGGUCAGAUGAGACCAAAAUCGAGCUCUUUGGCAUCAACUCAACUCGCCGUGUUUGGAGGAGGAGGAAUGCUGCCUAUGACCCCAAGAACACCAUCCCCACCGUCAAACAUGGAGGUGGAAACAUUAUGCUUUGGGGGUGUUUUCCUGCUAAGGGGACAGGACAACUUCACCGCAUCAAAGGGACGAUGGACGGGGCCAUGUACCGUCAAAUCUUGGGUGAGAAUCUCCUUCCCUCAGCCAGGGCAUUGAAAAUGGGUCGUGGAUGGGUAUUCCAGCAUGACAAUGACCCAAAACACACGGCCAAGGCAACAAAGGAGUGGCUCAAGAAGAAGAACAUUAAGGUCCUGGAGUGUCCUAGCCAGUCUCCAGACCUUAAUCCCAUAGAAAAUCUGUGGAGGGAGCUGAAGGUUCGAAUUGCCAAAUGUCAGCCUCGAAACCUUAAUGACUUGGAGAAGAUCUGCAAAGAGGAGUGGGACAAAAUCACUCCUGAGAUGUGUGCAAACCUGGUGGCCAACUACAAGAAACGUCUGACCUCUGUGAUUGCCAACAAGGGUUUUGCAACCAAGUACUAAAUCAUGUUUUGCAGUGGGGUCAAAUACUUAUUUCCCUCAUUAAAAUGCAAAUCAAUUUAUAACAUUUUUGACAUGCGUUUUUUUCUGGAUUUUUUUGUUGUUAUUCUGUCCCUCACUAUUCAAAUAAACCUACCAUUAAAAUUAUAGACUGAUCAUGUUUUUGUCAGUGGACAAACAUACAAAAUCAGCAGGGGAUCAAAUACUUUUUUCCCUCACUGUAUGUAUCUGGCUAUGUAUAUUUUGAUAAUCAUUAUCAAUAUCAUCGCUAGCAUAGCUGGCUAACGUUAGCCUACCUCAAUACAACUCGGAUUUGCCUUGGAUGACACAAUAACAUUUCAAAAGAAGAAGGCAAAUAAUUAGUAGGAAAACAUUUUGUCAUGAUUGUGAUGUCGCCAGAUUGACUCUCUCUAAAGUCAAUUUGACAACAAAGUAAUAUGGCAAAGUUGUUUCCUACUAAUGUUUUGCCUACUUUAGCGAUGUCAUCGUAUUUCCAUGACACUAUAAGUUAUAAGGUAGCCUAGUGAUUAGAACAGGGGUGUCGAACCCCAUUUGCCCCGGGGGCCGCAUUCGGUCUUCAACGAGGUCCGGAGGGCCGCACUGAAUUUUUUAAAUAUUUCCUAGCAACAUUUUCACUUAAUUUUUUGCGUUUUCUACGCUCCCUGACUGUCUACUGAGUAUUAGCGAGCAGGACAGUCAAGAAACUGUAUGAAUAUAUGUCCAUUAUCAUUUCUACACAGUUUUGAUUUGGUUUUAGUAAUUUUAAAGUACACUGCUCAAAAAAAUAAAGGGAACACUAAAAUAACACAUCCUAGAUCUGAAUGAAUGAAAUAAUCUUAUUAAAUACUUUUUUCUUUACAUAGUUGAAUGUGCUGACAACAAAAUCACAAAAAAAUUAUCAAUGAAAAUCAAAUGUAUCAACCCAUGGAGGUCUGGAUUUGGAGUCACACUCAAAAUUAAAGUGGAAAACCACACUACAGGCUGAUCCAACUUUGAUGUAAUGUCCUUAAAACAAGUCAAAAUUAGGCUCAGUAGUGUGUGUGGCCUCCACGUGCCUGUAUGACCUCCCUACAACGCCUGGGCAUGCUCCUGAUGAGGUGGCGGAUGGUCUCCUGAGGGAUCUCCUCCCAGACCUGGACUAAAGCAUCCGCCAACUCCUGGACAGUCUGUGGUGCAACGUGGCGUUGGUGGAUGGAGCGAGACAUGAUGCCCCAGAUGUGCUCAAUUGGAUUCAGGUCUGGGGAACGGGCGGGCCAGUCCAUAGCAUCAAUGCCUUCCUCUUGCAGGAACUGCUGACACACUCCAGCCACAUGAGGUCUAGUAUUGUCUUGCAUUAGAAGGAACCCAGGGCCAACCGCACCAGCAUAUGGUCUCACAAGGGGUCUGAGGAUCUCAUCUCGGUACCUUAUGGCAGUCAGGCUACCUCUGGCGAGCACAUGGAGGGCUGUGCGGCCCCCCAAAGAAAUGCCACCCCACACCAUGACUGACCCACCGCCAAACCGGUCAUGCUGGAGGAUGUUGCAGGCAGCAGAAUGUUCUCCACGGCGUCUCCAGACUCUGUUUACGUCUGUCACAUGUGCUCAGUGUGAACCUGCUUUCAUCUGUGAAGAGCACAGGGCGCCAGUGGCGAAUUUACCAAUCUUGGUGUUCUCUGGCAAAUGCCAAACGUCCUGCACGGUGUUGGGCUGUAAGCACAACCCCCACCUGUGGACGUCGGGCCCUCAUACCACCCUCAUGGAGUCUUUUUCUGACCGUUUGAGCAGACACAUGCACAUUUGUGGCCUGCAGGAGGUCAUUUUGCAUGGCUCUGGUAGUGCUCCUCCUGCUCCUCCUUGCACAAAGGCGGAGGUAGCGGUCCUGCUGCUGGGUUGUUGCCCUCCUACGGCCUCCUCCACGUCUCCUGAUGUACUGGCCUGUCUCCUGGUAGCGCCUCCAUGCUCUGGACACUACGCUGACAGACACAGCAAACCUUCUUGCCACAGCUCGCUUUGAUGUGCCAUCCUGGAUGAGCUGCACUACCUGAGCCACUUGUGUGGGUUGUAGACUCCAUUUCAUGCUACCACUAGAGUGAAAGCACCGCCAGCAUUCAAAAGUGACCAAAACAUCAGCCAGGAAGCAUAGGAACUGAGAAGUGGUCUGUGGUCACCACCUGCAGAACCACUCCUUUAUUGGGGGUGUCUUGCUAAUUGCCUAUAAUUUCCACCUGUUGUCUAUUCCAUUUGCACAACAGCAUGUGAAAUUUAUUGUCAAUCAGUGUUGCUUCCUAAGUGGACAGUUUGAUUUCACAGAAGUGUGAUUGACUUGGAGUUACAUUGUGUUGUUUAAGUGUUCCCUUUAUUUUUUUGAGCAGUGUAUAUUGUGUUCAUUUCCCUUCACAAUUUGUUGUAUUAUUAUUAUUUAAUGUUCUUUUUACAGGAUUGGAACCCCUGGCUGUAUGUUUGACACCUCUGGGUUAGAGUGUUGGGCCAGUAACCCAAAGGUCGCCGGUUCAAAUACCCGACAAGGUGAAAAAUCUGUCAAUGUGCCCUUGAGCAAGGCACUUAACAAUCAUUUACUUCAAGGGGCUCUACUACUAUAGCUGACCCUGUAAAACAACACAUUUCACUGCACCUAUCUUAUGUAUGUGACAAUAAAACAUUUGUAUUAUUAUUUAUUUUUUGGGGAUGAAACAGUCAGAUUCACCCCUGAGGUGCAACCCAUGUCCAGGGCACAAAUAAAUACUGGAUGCAGCCAUGGUGGUACUAGCUAACUUAUGUCUGACUACAACAGUGUACUACCUAGCAGCAACAAACCCAAACCUACUCAGGGCCAUAGCAAACAUGUCACAGUUGGUUACAUAGUGUAAUGGCGUCACCGGCCUGAAUCCAAUCUGGAGCCUGUCAGUCUACAUCUCUAAAGCAUAGAAUUAUCACCCAAACAAGAUUAUGUUAUUUCUCAAGCUACAUUAUGUUUAUAAUUAAGGGAUGAUGAGUCUGUUUUUCUGUUAGACAAAGUGCACAGUUGGGUGCUAGACUGAUUCCCUGGUCAUGAACGGAUGCCGGGACCUACCAGAAGGAGCAAUGGUGGGUAUCAUAAUAUGUCCUGCAAUGUGAUUACAAUGGUUUAGCCACCUCCAAAAAUUAUUUAAUUCACUGUUCACUUGCUAUUUUCACAGCUUGUCAGGCAAGACACCUGUGUUGUUGGCAGUGUCUCCCUCGACUCCUAUGAAAUGGACAUGCCAUUAUGAGGCCUCUGAUAGUGACCCUAGUUACUGCCCUGAUGACACAGACGGCUUCAUCAACAACGACAGGUAAUGUGUGUUAUGUGAAAUGUGAAAUGUUGUAUUAAAAAAUACCCGGCUUGAUAAACUAGUAGGUAAUUCCCCAGCCAAGCAGAUACAACUAGUAGAGUCAUUUUGGUUGUGAAGUGCAUUAGCAAUAAGAUUGCUGCAGUUGUUGGAGAAAUGCCCAGUUUCCAGCCGAACAUGCAACAUAAAGAAGACCAGUAAGGGGGCCCUCAUCAGCAUCAUGCAGACAUGCCCUUCGCUGUGAGCAUUCCUAUGAAUGGAACAGUCAGCCACAUGUUGGCAAGUAUUCGGCCAGCAACCUUCAGCUGUCAGUGGCAACAGCUUUCACAGGCUCAUCAUUUGUACAAAUACAGAAGGUAAUCCACAUCAUUACUUUGAUACAAUUGAGAACCCAAUAGUGAAACAUAAUUUAUGUAAACUGACAUUAUUUGUUGAUUAUUUCUACUUCUUAGAUGCAUAUAAUGUCCAGGGCAUAACCUUGCCUGGUCGAACCAGCCUGAUCGCUAUGUUCACCAUUCUAUUUCACUUCACAUUUUAUGAUAUCUGAAGUGAAAUAGAAAGGUGAAUGCCUCGAUCAGGUUGGUUCCACCAGGCUAAUCACAACCACCAUUGAUAAUGUAAUCAGUGCUCUGUGUCAUGAGCCCUCUCACUCCACCGGGUUACCACCUUAAUUUGUUUCCACUAUCUUCCACUCUGCUCACCACUCUCUCUACUCAGCCUAACUAGCUCCACCUGUCCCUGCUCUGCUCUGCUCUAAUUACUCUGCCAGCUGCGCUGCAUUACCCACUAACCUCUCCCAGUAUUUAAAGCCCUGUCUUUCAGCUCUCCUUUGUCAGAUCGUCUGCAAAGCUCACACCCGGAACCUGUUUGCUCACGCUUCUGGCUCACCCUUGUUUUGUGACCCCGGACCUGCCUGAUUCUUGGAUACUCUUCUGCCCCAGGAAAACCAGACCUGCUUUCUGCUAUAACGACUCCUGACUACUCUUCAAUCCCGGUAACUCUGACCAGCCUUCUGCCUUGCUACAACGUUUUUGGAUUUCCCUUGAACUGUACUGCUGCCUUGUUUCAUCCGCCCCGUUGUGUCUGUGUUUCCCCCCCCAGGACUUCUGGACCACCCACCACCGGCGUCAUAGGACGCAUCGCUGCCACUGGGGGGGGCACAGACCCAGCACAUUGGACGGGAUCCCUGUUACCCCUGGAGCCUUCACUCACUCCCUACUUCCCUUUUCCCUUAAGUUUUAAUAAACUUUCUGGUGUGACGCAAUUGUGGUCCUCUGGUCGUCUGUCUGAACCGUGACAGUACGAUCUGACCAUCAUGGACUCAGCGCACACUUCCCCCGACAUGGAAACCGACGAACCUGAGCAACCCACUGCCAUGCUACGCCUGGAACACACUGAGAGAGGGCUAGCCCGCAUGAGCGGCGACAUCACCUCUCUGCUUCAGGUCGGCCACCAACAGCAUCAGCAGUUCCAGCAGCACCAGCAGCAGUUCCAGCAGCAGCAACAACAACUCGCCAUGAUCAUCCAACUCCUCACCAACCUUACCCCAGCCACUCCGCCCACCGGCCCGGUUCCAGGCAGUCUGCCCACCAGCCCUGCCUCCGAGUUACCUGCCCCGGUCAUUGCAGCCGCUGCUCCGGAACCCAAGAUUGGAAACCCCGAGCGGUUCAACGGCGAUUCUACCCAGGUCCGGCCAUUCCUGACUAGCUGCCGACUUCAGUUCUCCUUGCAGCCAAGGACCUUCGCCACGGAGGGGGCUAAAGUUGGGUAUGCCAUCACUCACCUGACGGGCCGAGCUCGACUCUGGGGAACAGCAGAGUUCGAACGUCAAACCCCCGCAUGUGCAACCUUCGACCUGUUUGCUGAGGAGAUGCUGAAGGUGUUUGACCUGGAUUCACCAACCGCAGAGGCGUCUCGUGAACUGUUCAGUAUUCGACAAGGCAGACGAACAGUCGCAGACCAUUCCAUCGACUUCCGAACCCUGGCAAGACGAAGUUCUUGGAACACACCAUCGUUGGUGGACGCGUUCUUCCAUAGCUUGGCUGACUAUAUCAAGGACGAGUUGGUCUCCCAUGAACUGCCUUCCACUCUUGAUGAAGCCAUCGCACUGACUGUCCGGAUCGACAGAAGGAUACAGACCCGUCGUCGUGAGAGGGGGCGCCAAGGUCCACCAACUACCGGCAUUCGGAGAGAUCCGACUGGGCUCCUGUCAUCUACUGCCACUCACCCAAGUCAGCUUGAUCAGUCUGAGCCUAUGGAGAUUGGGCGAGCCUCUCUCACUCCUGCAGAGCGCCAGCGCCGCUUCACCUCAAACCUCUGCCUCUAUUGUGGAGGUGAUGGACAUCGUGUGGUAACCUGCCCUUUAAAAGCCGAAGCUCACCGGGCAUAGGGGGAGUCCGGUUGAGCUCAAUGACCAUCCAGUCCUCCGACCGCAAACCCCUGCUGCAAGUUCACCUCCGCCUCUCUGACUCAACUCACACCCUGGCUGCUCUGGUGGAUUCUGGCGCCGAAGCCAACAUAAUGGACAUCAAGCUGGCACGCCAACUGGGACUGGAGAACCUCCGUUUGACACCUCCUAUUCCUGCCCGGGCACUGGACGGACACUUACUCGGGUCGGUCACUCAUGUCACGGCCCCGGUCUCGAUGGGUCUGUCCGGAAACCAUCAAGAAACUAUCCAGUUUCACCUGCUCCCCUCUCCAGGCCAACCCCUCAUCCUGGGUUACCCAUGGCUCCGCCGGCACAACCCUCAGCUCGACUGGGUGACCGGGGUGAUCAGGGAGUGGGGAGAGGACUGCCACCGAACCUGCCUGCUUGCUGCCGCACUACCCCCUCGGCCAGUACCUACUAACUCCGCUCCUGACCUCUCCAAUGUCCCAGAAUGCUACCAUGGUCUCAGAGAAGUGUUUAACAAAGCUAGAGCCACAUCUCUGCCCCCUCACCGACCGUACGACUGUGCCAUCGACCUCCUCCCUGGAACAGCCCCUCCAAAGGGCCGUCUUUAUUCGUUGUCUGCUCCUGAAAGAAAGUCCAUGGAGGACUACAUCAAUGACUCUCUGUCCGCAGGAUUAAUCCGUUCAUCUUCAUCUCCUGCUGGUGCUGGCUUCUUCUUUGUGGGGAAGAGGGACGGAUCUCUUCGCCCCUGCAUCGACUACAGGGGACUCAACGACAUCACAGUGAAAAACCGUUACCCUCUGCCUCUGCUCACCUCUGCUUUUGAGUUGCUCCAGGGAGCCACUGUUUUUACCAAGUUGGAUCUCAGAAACGCUUACCACCUAGUGCGGAUCCGGGAGGGAGAUGAAUGGAAAACCGCAUUCAAUACACCAACAGGCCACUACGAGUAUCUGGUUAUGCCUUUUGGCCUCACCAAUGCUCCUGCUGUGUUCCAGGCUCUAGUGAAUGAUGUACUGCGGGACAUGUUAAACAAGUUUGUCUUCGUUUACCUGGAUGACAUCUUAAUCUACUCCAGAAACCUGUCUGAACACACCCGCCAUGUCCAGCAAGUCCUUCAUCGUCUUCUGGAGAAUUCCCUCUACGCCAAGGCAGAGAAAUGUGAGUUUCACGUCAAGACAGUGGCCUUCCUGGGGUACAUAGUGGCAGAGGGAAGUAUCCAAAUGGAUCCUGCCAAAGUAUCAGCAGUCACUUCAUGGCCAGUUCCGGAGAACAGAAAGAAGCUGCAACAGUUUCUGGGGUUUGCUAACUUCUAUAGAAAGUUUAUCCGGAACUACAGUACCGUUGCUGCCCCUCUCACUGCUCUAACCAGCACCAAGCAACCCUUCACCUGGACCCCAGCAGCCGACAAAGCCUUCAGUACCCUCAAGGUAAGGUUCACCUCCGCUCCCAUCCUCCAGAUGCCUGAUGUGGACCGGCAAUUCAUUGUGGAGGUGGACGCCUCGGAUGUGGGAGUUGGUGCUGUGAUUUCUCAGUGGGCUGCGGAGGAUAGGAAGCUCCAUCCCUGUGCCUUUUUCUCACGUCGGUUGUCCCCCUCUGAGUGCAAUUACGACAUAGGGAACCGAGAGCUGCUGGCUGUGAAGCUUGCCUUGGAGGAGUGGCGUCACUGGCUGGAGGGGUCCACCAUUCCAUUUCUCGUUUGGACCGAUCAUAAGAACUUGGAGUACAUCCGCACGGCCAAACGGUUGAACUCCAGGCAGUCCCGCUGGGCCCUGUUCUUCACCAGGUUUAAUUUCACUCUGUCAUACCGGCCUGGAUCACGCAACACCAAGCCAGACGCCCUCUCCCGUCAAUUCCAGAAGGAUGACAGCCCCUCCAAGGAUCCUGUGUCGAUUCUGCCAAGUCCCUGCAUCGUAGCAGCUCUGACCUGGGAUGUUGAGGAACAGGUGCUGGAAGCUCUCCGUAACCAGCCAGGUCCCAGCACUUGCCCAGCUGACCGCCUUUUUGUCCCCGAAAACCUGAGGUCCCAGGUCGUUCAGUGGGGACAUGACUCCCGCCUAGCUUGUCACCCUGGCUCCACCCGCACUUACAACCUGCUCGCCCAGAGGUUCUGGUGGCCCUCUCUGAGAAAGGAUGUACGGGAAUUCGUCCAAGCCUGCCCCAUCUGCAACCAACACAAGUCGUCCUGCCAGCCCCCAGCCGGAUUGCUGCAGCCCCUGCCUGUGCCCAGACGUCCCUGGUCUCACAUCGCCCUUGACUUUGUCACGGGGCUGCCCCCUUCAAGUGGCAUGACCGUCAUUCUCACCAUAGUUGACCGAUUCAGCAAGAUGGCACACUUCAUUCCCCUCCCCAAGCUCCCAACCGCCAAGGAGACCGCCCAGGUGGUCCUGGAACACGUCUUCCGGAUCCACGGACUGCCAAAGGAUGUAGUUUCUGACCGUGGUCCACAAUUCUCCUCCGCUUUUUGGAAGGAGUUCUGUCACCUGCUGGGAGCCACAGUCAGUCUGACUUCCGGAUUCCAUCCCCAAUCCAAUGGGCAGUCAGAGCGGGCAAAUCAGGAGCUCGAGAAGGCACUGCGAUGCAUGACUUCACGCAACCCCCACUCCUGGUCGCAGCAAUUGACAUGGGUGGAGUACGCACACAAUUCUCUGACCUGCUCUGCCAUCGGUAUGUCCCCUUUCCAAUGUGUUUAUGGAUACCAGCCUCCUCUAUUUGCCAGCCAGGAAGGGGAGGUUACUUGCCCAUCUGCACUUGCUUUUGCCCGUCGAUGUCGCCGCACCUGGUCACAAGCCCGAGCCACACUCCUCAGAUCCGUUGCCAGCUACACUACCGGGGCCAACCGUCGGAGAAUUCCUGCUCCCACCUACCAUGUUGGUCAAAGGGUGUGGUUGUCAUCGAAGAACCUGCCACUCAGGGUGGAGUCGCAAAAGCUGGCACCUCGGUUCAUUGGCCCAUUCCCUAUUAUAAGAGUGAUUAGCCCAACUGCUGUCCGGCUCCAACUGCCUAAUUCCAUGAGGGUGCACCCCACUUUCCAUGUGUCUAAGAUUAAGCCCAUUCAUGAGAGUCCGCUGGUCCCUGCUGCGCCUUGUCCUCCUCCUCCACGGCUCGUCGAUGGUGAUCUGGUUUACACCGUCCGCCGCCUGCUUCGGUCCAGACGGAGGGGUAGGGGUCUCCAGUACCUCAUUGACUGGGAGGGUUAUGGACCUGAGGAAAGGACCUGGGUGCCAGCUAGUCGGAUUGUGGAUAGGACUCUCAUCACCGCCUUCCACCAACGGCAUCCUGAUCAACCUGCAAUCCGUAGGGGCCGCCCCAGAGGGGUCCCUAACCGUCCUGCCCGCUCGGCUUCCUGUCCUGUGCCUGAUCCUGUCUCGGGACCUGUCCCAUCUCCCGACCACGGCCCUCCGGCUUCCUCCGAGGAUGAGGACGUUCACUCGGACCGUUCGGAGGAGUUCUAGCCCUCCUCCGGCUCCCCUCCUCCCGCCCGGCGUGGUGUUGCUCUUGGGACUUCUGGGGCCGUCCCUUGGGGGGGGGGUUCUGUCAUGAGCCCUCUCACUCCACCGGGUUACCACCUUAAUUUGUUUCCACUAUCUUCCACUCUGCUCACCACUCUCUCUACCUCAGCCUAACUAGCUCCACCUGUCCCUGCUCUGCUCUGCUCUAAUUACUCUGCCAGCUGCGCUGCAUUACCCACUAACCUCUCCCAGUAUUUAAAGCCCUGUCUUUCAGCUCUCCUUUGUCAGAUCGUCUGCAAAGCUCACACCCGGAACCUGUUUGCUCACGCUUCUGGCUCACCCUUGUUUUGUGACCCCGGACCUGCCUGAUUCUUGGAUACUCUUCUGCCCCAGGAAAACCAGACCUGCUUUCUGCUAUAACGACUCCUGACUACUCUUCAAUCCCGGUAACUCUGACCAGCCUUCUGCCUUGCUACAACGUUUUUGGAUUUCCCUUGAACUGUACUGCUGCCUUGUUUCAUCCGCCCCGUUGUCUGUGUUUCCCCCCCCAGGACUUCUGGACCACCCACCACCGGCGUCAUAGGACGCAUCGCUGCCACUGGGGGGGGCACAGACCCAGCACAUUGGACGGGAUCCCUGUUACCCCUGGAGCCUUCACUCACUCCCUACUUCCCUUUUCCCUUAAGUUUUAAUAAACUUUCUGGUGUGACGCAAUUGUGGUCCUCUGGUCGUCUGUCUGAACCGUGACAGCUCUGUGUGUGUGUUUGUGUGUGACCGACCAGUAUAUUUGACGAGGGGCCAGGAGCUGAUCUACGCUGCUAUGAGUCUGGAGUGCCACUUUAACGCUUACCCUAACCCUUAUUCUAACAGAUAGUUUGUUGAUAGCAUGACCAUCUGUAGAGCAUCUAUUUGGGACUAUCCAAAUAAAGUGUGACCAAAACUUAAAGUUUUGUUCGCAAGUAUGGCCCCACUGCGAUUUGGGAUGAUUAACAAUCAAUUGUAUUCAGGCCUUACAUAGUUAUUCACACAUACAUUCAGCAUGCAGCAAUCUAACCCACACUCCUGGAACACAAGAAAGGCAAUACAAAUGAUGAAUGCCAAAAACAGUUUGAUAUCAGAAAUAGAACAGAGACUAGCCUGGGUGCAAUCUGGUGUUUCUGCUCUCUUGCCAACUCCUUAUGGAAUUAUAGUGCAAAACAUUUGGCUUGACAAUAAAAAAAGGAUUAGGCAAAAGUACAAUCAGAUCUCGGACCAGGACAGACUAAAUGUUAAUUUGAAAUACCGGCAUUAAUGGCAAUGUACAUAUCAUAACAAUCAGUCUCGUCUGAAAAACAGUAAUUCAGAACAAUAGACAUCAUUCAGAACAAUCACAUCACACAACUAGUAACUAGUGAGAGGCAGAAGUUAGAUUUCUACAUUAUCCUACAUCAUCCUUUCUAAUCCAGCAUCUGAAAUAAUCAGCCUGCCAAGUGUUUUUAUUGAUUAGAUUUUUUAAAGUGUUUUUAUUGAUGUGUGUAUACCACCAUACUACAUGGAAGCCAAGGGAAGCCAGGCUUCCCCAAAAAUUUGACCAAGAAAAAAAGAAAAAAUAUAAAAUAAUGUAUCUUUAGUGUCUCUGUGUGGUCAUAAUUUUCCUUCCUUCAAAAGGUGUCGACAUACUUUUGUAUAUAUAGUGUAUGUUAUAAUAUGGCUUUUUUUCCUGGCUUUGCUUCCCCAGUGAUUCUACCCACACACCACUACUGCUACUAAUACAAAUACACUGACAAUGCCAAAAUACAGAUAAGACAACCAAGAUGACCUGACUAGCCUGUCUGAAAUAUAAAGCUUAAUAUUACUUACCAUGCCUUUACUGAACCUCAUGCACACAUACAGUGCCUUCAGAAAGUAUUCAGACCCCAUGACUUUUUCUACAUUUUGUUACGUUACAGCCUUAUUCUAAAAUGGAUUUAAAAAAAAGAUAUCCUCAGCAAUCUACACACAAUACCCCAUAAUGACAAUGCGAAACAGGUUUUUAGAAAUUGUAGCUAAUUAAAAAAAGAAAAAGAAAAAAGAAAUACCUUAUUUACAUAAGUAUUCAGACCAUUUGCUAUGAGACUCAAAAUUGAGCUCAGGUGCAUCCUGUUUCCAUUGAUCAUCCUUGAGAUGUUUCUACAACUUGAUUGGAGUCCACCUGUGGUAGUGCAUGUCAGAGCAAAAACCAAGCCAGAGCUCAGAGACAGGAUUGUGUCGAGGCACAGAUCUGGGGAAGGGUACCAAAUGUUUUCUGCAGUAUUGAAGGUCCCCAAGAACACAGUGGACUCCAUCAUUCUUAAAUGGAAGAAGUUUGGAACCACCAAGACUCUUCCUAGAGCUGGCCGCCCGCCCAAACUGAGCAAUCGGGGGAGAAGGGCCUUGGUCAGGGAGGUGACCAAGAACCCGAUGGUCACUCUGACAGAGCUCUAGAGUUGCUUUGUGGAGAUGGGAGAACCUUCCAGAAGGACAACCAUCUCUGUAGCACUCCAACAAUCAGGCCUUUAUGGUAGAAUGGCCACACGGAAGCCAAUCCUCAAUAAAAGGCACAUGACAGACCGCUUGGUUUGCCAAAAGGCACCUAAAGACUCUCAGACCAUAAGAAACAAGAUCCUCUGGUCUGAUGAAACCAAGAUUGAACUCUUUUGCCUGAAUGCCUAGCAUCACGUCUCAAGGAAACCUGGCACCAUCCCUGAACGGAGCAAAGUACAGAGAGAUCCUUGAUGAAAACCUGCUCCAGAGCGCUCAGGACCUCAGACUGGGGCGAAGGUUCACCUUCCAACAGGACAACGACCCUAUGCACACAGCCAAUACAACGCAGGAGUGGCUUUGGGAUAAAUCUCUGAAUGUCCUUGAGUGGCCCAGGCAGAGCCUGGACUUGAACCCGAUCAAACAUCUCUGGAGAGACCUGAAAAUAGCUUUGCUGCAACGCUCCCCAUCCAACCUGACAGAGCUCGAGAGGAUCUGCAGAGAACAAUGGGAGAAACUCUCCAAAUACAGGAAUGCCAAGCUUGUAGCGUCAUACUCAAGAAGACUCAAGGCUGUAAACGCUACCAAAGGUGCUUCAACAAUGUACUGAGGAAAGGGUCUGAAUACUUAUGUAAAUGUAAUAUUUCAGUUUUAUAUUUUUAAUACAUUUGCAAACAUUUCUAAAAACCUGUUUUUGCUUUGUCAUUAUGGGGUAUUGUGUGUAGAUUGAUGAGGGAAAAAAACAAUUUAAUACAUUUUAGAAUAAGGCUGUAACGUAACAAAAUGUGGAAAAAGUCAAGAGGUCUGAAUACUUUCCAAAUGCACUGUAUAUGUACAAACCUACCUCAAUUUCCUCAUACCCCUGCACAUCGACUCAGUACUGGUACCCAGUACUGUACAUAGCCAAGCCAUCAUUGCUGAUUGUGUAUUUAUUCCUCAUGUUACUAUUUCUUUAUUCUCGAUUGUUGGGAAGGGUCAGAAAGUAAGCCUUUCACUGUUAGUCUACACCUUUUGUUUUUUACGAAGCAUUUGACAAUAAAACAUAUUUCUGGUUAGAUGCUGAUCCUCUUCUUCGCAUAGGUCAGAGCCCACGAUUUCGAUGCGAGGUGAACAAUUUGCCAUUUGAAUUCAAAAACUGUGGAUUCGUACAAUCAUACACCGAGAUCCGUUCAGGAUAGGACCCGUGCGGUGCGCAAUGUUAAAGUCAAGGGAUCUGAAUACUUUCCGAAUGCACUGUACCAGCCAAAGCCCACUUCUUCUCAAGACCAUGAAAAGACCACAAUGUGCUUCAUUCACUAACAUGCCCAAUUUAUCCCACUAACAUUCCCCAAACCUUUCCUGACCAACUCAUAACACCCCCCCCCCCCCCCCCCCCUCCCCUCCCCUCCCCUCCCCUCCCCUCCCCUCCCCAUACAAUAAAACAAGACAAACCAUACCAGGACGGCUGAGAAGUCAACGUUGCUCCUGGAGGUAAAAUCAGCUGUGUCACCUUGGAGAGACAGGAUGCCACUCCUUCCCAUGUGUUAACGCUCAGUGACUGGUGAGCCGGAGGGGAGAAGCAAAUUCAGUAGUGUUGCAAGAGCUAGGUCAAAUUGCUGGCAGGGCACAGCCCCGGUUAUCGACGGUUACGCAUACUGACUGGGCCAGCCAUAGCUCACACUCACAGGCAGGCACAGCUCUUAAAGGAAUAAUCCACUCAAAAACUAUAUUAAACUAUACUCAUUUUUUUUAAUUAGUCCACUGUUGAUACAGUCCCAAAAUGUUUAGCAUUUCAGCAAUCAAGCUUUCAAGAUGUAUUGUCACUUGCCACAUCAUCAUGAUGCAAAGGCAUUUACAACUUUAUUCAGGCUCCCGUGCGUCAGCCCACCACUAUAACAUCACCAAGCAAGAGUGUCAGGCUUCGGGUUUCUGUUGAGUGCCUUUAGGGAACUUCAAAUAAAUGUGUAUCUGAAUGGAAGCAUGCAGACACUUUUUCCUGUUGAUCCAGUUUAGCAUUAUCCCAUCAGCAUCUUCACAAACCAGUUUUGGGAGUGUGGUAGAUUCUGCUUAUUACCUUAAAGCUGCAAUAUGUAACUUUUUGGGCAACCCGACCAGAUUCACAUAGAAAUGUGUGCUAUAGAUCUGUCAUUCUCAUUGAAAGCAAGUCUAAGAAGCUGUACAUAUGUUCUAUGUGCGCUAUUUCUAUGCUUCCUGUUCUUAAGUUACGUUUUUGCAUCUUUUAGUUUUGGCUUUGUACACCAGCUUCAAUCAGCUGAAAAUACAAUAUUGUUGGUUAUUGAAAAUAUAUUUCACAGCGGUUUAGAUGGUACAAUGAUUUUCUACACUCUACUGCUCUAUUCUCUUUUGCUUGUUUUGACACAUAAACUGAAAUUUGGUGUCAGGUGCUGAUGUGGAUGUGGUGUAGGAGUCAGGCGCAGGACACAGAGGCUUAGUCCAACAGACUUUACUUGUCAUAAAGUGACAAAAUACAAAAUACGGGCCUCGAACAAACAGAGGCGAGCGAUUACGCAAACUGUGCGUAAAAACACCAAAACAAAUAAACAGAGCAGAAACUCGCAGCUCCUACGGACAGGCGGACAAUAACACACAACACAAGACUAACCAAACGAGAAACUUAUAGGAGACAUAAUCAACCAAACAGGAAACAGGUGUACACAAUCAGACAAAACCAAACAGACAUCGAAAACAUCAAACGGUGAUAGCUAGUACUCCAGGGACGACGACCGCCGAAGCCUGCCCGAAUAAGGAGGAGGGGCAGCCUCGGCCGAAACCGUGACAGUACCCCCUCCUUGACGCGCGGCUCCAGCCGUGCGCCGACCCCGGCCUCGGGGACGACCAGGAGGACGCGGAGCAGGGCGCGUAGGGUGUCCACGGUGGAACUCCGUCAGGAGAGACGGGUCUAGGAUGUCUCUCCUCGGCACCCAGCACCGUUCCUCCGGACCGUACCCCUCCCACUCCACGAGAUAUUGGAGACCCCCCAUCCGACGUCUCGAAUCCAAGAUGGACCGAACUGUGUACGCCGGAGCCACCUCGAUGUCCAGUGGGGGCGGAGGAGUCUCUCUUAUCUCAUCGUCCUGGAGUGGACCAGCUACCACCGGCCUGAGAAGAGACACAUGGAACGAGGGGUUAAUAUUCUUAUAAUCAAUAGGCAGUUGUAACCUGUAACACACCUCGUUCAAUCUUCUCAGGACUUUAAAAGGCCCCACAAACCGCCGACCCAGUUUCCGGCAGGGCAGGCAGAGGGGUAGGUUUCUGGUAGAGAGCCAGACUCGAUCACCAGGUGCGUACACCGGCCCCUCACUGCGGUGGAGAUCGGCGCUCGCUUUCUGACGACGGAUGGCCCGCUGCAAGUGGACGUGUGCAGCGUUCCACGUCUCCUCCGAGCGCCGCACCCACUCAUCCACCGCAGGAGCCUCGAUCUGGCUCUGCUGCCACGGUGCCAGAACCGGCUGGUAACCUAACACACAUUGGAAAGGGGUUAGAUUGGUUGAGGAGUGGCGGAGAGAGUUCUGGGCCAUCUCUGCCCAGGGGACAUACCUCGCCCACUCCUCCGGCCGGCCCUGGCAAUACGAUCUAAGAAACCUACCCACAUCCUGGUUCACACGUUCCACCUGCCCAUUACUCUCCGGGUGGUAACCCGAGGUCAGGCUCACUGAGACCCCCAAACGCUCCAUAAACGCCCUCCAGACUCUGGAGGUAAACUGGGGACCUCGAUCAGACACUAUAUCCUCGGGUACCCCGUAGUGCCGGAACACGUGGGUGAAUAGUGCUUCGGCGGUCUGUAGGGCAGUAGGAAGACCCGGCAUUGGGAGCAGACGAGAGGCCUUAGAGAACCGAUCCACAACGACCAGUAUAGUAGUACUCCCCUGUGAGGGGGGAAGGUCUGUGACGAAAUCCACCGAGAGGUGAGACCAUGGUCGUUGUGGAACGGGCAGGGGUUGUAACUUUCCCCUGGGCAGGUGUCUAGGCGCCUUACACUGGGCGCACACCGAGCAGGAGGAGACAUAAACCCUCACAUCCCUGGCUAACGUUGGCCACCAGUACUUAGCGCUAAGGCAGUGCACAGUCCAGCCAAUACCAGGAUGUCCAGUGGAGGGUGACGUGUGAGCCCAAUAUAUCAGUCGAUCCCGAACCUCGAGCGGAACGUACGUCCGACCCACCGGGCACUGUGGAGGACUAGGGUCGGUACGCAACGCCCGCUCGAUUUCAGCAUCGACCUCCCACACUACCGGUGCCACCAGACAAGACUCCGGCAGUAUGGGAGUGGGCUCAACGGACCUCUCCUCCGUGUCAUACCGCCGAGACAGUGCGUCUGCCUUACCGUUCUGGGACCCAGGGAUGUACGUGAUCUUAAAUACGAACCGGGCUAAAAACAUGUUCCACCGCGCCUGGCGAGGGUUCAAUCUCCUAGCUGCCCGGAUGUACUCCAGGUUACGGUGGUCAGUCAAAAUGAGAAAAGGGUGUUGAGCCCCCUCAAGCCAAUGCCUCCACACCUUUAGGGCCUGUACCACGGCUAACAGCUCCCUGUGCCCUACGUCAUAAUUUCGCUCCGCCGGGCUGAGCUUUUUGGAGUAAAAAGCACAGGGGCGGAGUUUAGGUGGCGUGCCGGACCGUUGCGAAAGUACGGCCCCAAUACCGGCCUCUGACGCGUCAACCUCUACCUGAAAUGGUAAAGCGGGAUCCGGAUGCGCCAGCACCGGAGCCGAAGUAAACAGGUCCUUCAGUCUCCCAAAAGCCCUGUACGCCUCGGCUGACCACUGCAAACGCACCGGACCCCCCUUCAACAGAGACGUUAUGGGAGCUGCCACCUGUCCAAAACCCCGGAUAAACCUCCGGUAGUAAUUUGCAAACCCCAAAAACUGCUGCCCCUCUUUAACAGUGGUUGGAGUUUGCCAAUUACGCACGGCUGACACUCGGUCAACCUCCAUCUUCACCCCUGACGCAGACAACUGAUAACCCAAAAAGGAGAUCGACUCCUGGAAAAACAGACAUUUCUCUGCCUUGACAUACAGGUCGUGCUCCAACAGCCUCCUCAACACUCGGCGCACCAGGGCUACAUGCUCGGCUCGGGUAGAAGAGUACACAAGAAUGUCAUCAAUGUACACGACCACACCCUGCCCCUGCAUGUCCCUGAAGAUCUCAUCUACGACGGAUUGGAAGACUGAAGGAGCGUUCAUCAACCCGUAUGGCAUGACGAGAUACUCGUAAUGACCUGAGGUGGUACUAAAUGCUGUCUUCCAUUCAUCGCCCCCUCUAAUGCGCACCAAGUUGUAUGCGCUCCUGAGAUCUAGUUUUGUGAAGAAACGCGCCCCGUGCAAUGACUCCGUCAUAGUCGCAAUCAGCGGGAGUGGAUAACUGUAUUUCACCGUGAUCUGAUUGAGACUACGGUAAUCAAUGCACGGGCGCAAACCUCCAUCCUUCUUCUUCACAAAAAAGAAGCUUGAGGACGCAGGGGAAGUGGAUGGCCGUAUGUAUCCUUGUCUCAGAGAUUCGGCUAUGUAAGUCUCCAUAGCUCUCUUCUCCUCUUGAGACAGAGGAUACACAUGGCUCCGUGGAAGCGCUGCUCCUGCCUGGAGGUCUAUCGCACAAUCUCCCUGCCUAUGAGGAGCUCCAGGGCGAACUCCUGCAACUGCGUCGCCCUCGAUUUACUGAACACGAUUGCCAAAUCCUCAUACUCAGGGGGAAUGUGCAGUGCGGGCACCUGGUUUGGACUCUCCACGGAAACACCUAGACAUCGCCCCACACACUGGGCAGACCACUCCUUAAGAGCCCUCUGUUGCCACGAAAUAGAUGGAUUAUGGGUAAUCAACCAGGGAAGCCCCAACACCACCGGAUACGCAAGAGAGUCAAUCAGAUAUAGCUGAAUAGUUUCCUCAUGACCCCCCUGCGUCCUCAUCCUAAGGGGCGCUGUGACCUCCCUAAUCAACCCCGAUCCCAAGGGACGGCUGUCUAAAGCCUGGACAGGAAAUGGGGCGUCGACUGGAAGAAGGGGAAUUCCUAGUUUUAAACAAAAACGUCGAUCAACAAAAUUCCCAGCUGCGCCUGAAUCUACUAGCGCCUUAUGCUGGGAAUGAGGUGCAACCUGUGGAAAAUGUACAGGUAAACAGACGUGCACAACAGAGAGCUCUGGGUAAGUGGGAUGCCUACUCACCUGGAAUGACUCCCCAGUGCGUGGCCUGUUGUCCUCUCCCCUAGGAGACCCUCCCCAGCACCUGGCCGCAGUGUGCCCUCCACGGCCACAGUUGGUGCAGGGGACAGCCCCCCUCAGGCUCCUCCUCCUCCUCUCUCUAGCGCCAGCACCUCCGAGCUCCAUAGGGCUCGGCUCGGAGGUGCUGGAGGGUGGAAUGGACGACCCCCACUCGGAACGUCCGCGGGUUGCCAGCAGGGUGUCAAGCCGGAUGGACAUGUCCACCAGCUGGUCGAAGGUGAGGUGGGCAUCCCUGCAGGCCAACUCUCGACGGACGUCCUCCCGUAGACUACAUCGGUAGUGGUCGAUGAGGGCCCGCUCAUUCCACCCUGCAUCCGCCGCUAGAGUCCGGAACUCCAGGGCGAGCUCCUGUGCACUCCUCCUCCCCUGUCGGAGGUGGAACAGACGCUCCCCCGCCGCCUUCCCCUCAGGUGGAUGGUCGAACACUGCCCUGAAGCGGCGGGAGAACUCCGCGUAGGUGAUGGUGGCGGCGUCUAUUCCCCUCCAUUCGGCGUUGGCCCACUCCAACGCCUUGCCGGUGAGACAGGAGAUGAGGGCGGAGACGCUCUUGUAUCCCGAGGGCGCCGGGUGUAUGGUGGCCAGGUAGAGUUCCACCUGCAGGAGGAACCCCUGACACCCGGCUGCGGUACCAUCAUAUGCCCUCGGGAGCGAGAGCCGAAUACCACUGGGUUCCGGUGCUGGAAGAGGAGGACUGGCCGAUGGUGAUGGUAAGGUGUGCGGAGGUGUGGGCACCUCUCCGGUGACCAAACGGCGCAGAGUGUUAGACACCUCGUUCAUGGCGGCCCCAAGUUGCCGGAUCAUGGUGUCCUGAUCGCUGAUCCGUUCCUCCAGCGACUUGGGUGCCGCCGCUGCUCCUGCUGACUCCAUGGGGGUGUGUUAUUCUGUCAGGUGCUGAUGUGGAUGUGGUGUAGGAGUCAGGCGCAGGACACAAAGACUUAGUCCAACAGACUUUACUUGUCAUAAAGUGACAAAAUACAAAAUACGGGCCUCGAACAAACAGAGGCGAGCGAUUACGCAAACUGUGCGUAAAAACACCAAAACAAAUAAACAGAGCAGAAACUCACAGCUCUUACGGACAGGCGGACAAUAACACACAACACAAGACUAACCAAACGAGAAACUUAUAGGAGACAUAAUCAACCAAACAGGAAACAGGUGUACACAAUCAGACAAAACCAAACAGACAUCGAAAACAUCAAACGGUGAUAGCUAGUACUCCGGGGACGACGACCGCUGAAGCCUGCCCGAACAAGGAGGAGGAGCAGCCUCGGCCGAAACCGUGACAUUUGGCGGACUAUUAGAAUUUUAGCAACCAGAAAAUGGCGGAGCGAUUUCUGCAUAUGCACCUUUAAAGGGAAAAAUUAUACCACUGAUUUAUAUGCUAAUUAUGUAAAUGAAAACGAGUGCUCUGCUAUUUGUAAAUAAUCUCAGUUAAGUUUCAGUCUCACUUUCAGUAACACCAGUUAUGUGUAGGCUAAGUUUCAGGCAUUUAUUUUACGCCUGCUACGUUAGGUUAGUGAGUAGGUAACGUGGGUACAGGGAGGGGCUAAAGCUGAAAUUGUAGAGCAGAGAGGUACCGAGGCAACGACACACUAGGCUCCUUAUGUAGACACUCUCAAGCUGCUGCUAGUGGGGAUCCCUCUCUGUGUGUGUGUGUAUACCAGGAAGGGAAGGAGGGUGUGGGGAUGUCAGAGCACCGGGUAGCCAGAAAGCCGCCCUUCACACACAAACACACACAGAUGCGCCCUCACACACACACUCAUGUGUGUGCUCACACACACAUGCAUGUGCACACGCAAAAACACACACACACAACCGCUCUGCCUUCAUAGUAACCCUGGACGUACACACACAUUCCCUCUAAUUCCAGUGCUUUGGCACUGAGGACCCAAUGAACACACACUUGAAGAGUUACACACUCACACACCUAUUCCCUAAAGGCAUUAUACUGCACACAGUGUUCUCUAAGAUACUUUGUAAGAGAACACAGAAUCCUGUUUGUGAAUCAUUAAGACAGACGUCAAUUCAAAGUCUAUUCCACGUUGGUUCAACAUAAUUUCAUUGAAAUUAUGUGAAAACAACGUUGAUUCAACCAGUGUGUGCCCAGUAGGUGAUGUGUUGCAAGCAGGCAUUUGCCCCAGCACAUUUGUUUUAUUUGGUUUAAUAAGACAUUUUAACGCAAAAACAUUGAAAAAAAAUGGACAAAGUAGGCCUACUAUUUUUUAGACUAACUUGCCUUGCCUUCGUCAUUUGUCAACUCACACACUAUGUCCUUCUGAUAAAAGUGCUACAGUUUGUGUGUGUGUGUCACAAUCGUUAUGAAAAGCGGACCAAGGCGCAGCGUGAUAUGCGUACAUUAUUUUAUUAAGUACACACACGAACAAAAACAAACGAUACGUGAAGUCCUAGGUUAAACACCAAAACAAACCUUACGGAACAAGAUCCCACAAAGAACAGUGCCAAACAGGCUGCCUAAGUAUGGUCCUCAAUCAGAGACAACAAGCAACAGCUGCCUCUGAUUGGGAACCACCCUGGCCAACAUAGAAAUACAUGAACUAGAACAAAACAUAGAAAAUGACACAUAGAAAAUCCACACCCUGGCUCAGCAUAUAAGAGUCCCCAGAGCCAGGGCGUGACAGUGUGUGUGUUUUGACCAAUCAGAUUCACUGAAAACACAGGUCGUGGCAUGGCGCAUGCUCUCCACUUCCCUCCGGUAUUAUUUUAGCAAAAGGGAAAACUCUUUACAGAAAUGUUGUAGCAGCUAAACCUAAACAUUAGCAAUCAGAUAACCUGUAUUAGUCUGAUCAACUGUAGGCCUGAGGUGCGUUCAGUUCGCUUGAACGUUUGCUACGUUGCGGAACACGUUUCCCCAAAACGUUAAAGAAUCGAUCAAAUCAAAUGUUAUUUGUCACAUGCUUCAUAAACAAAAGGUGUAGACUAACAGUGAAAUGCUUACUUACGGGUCCUUUUCCAACAAUGAGUUAAUUGAUAAAAGUCACCUUGUCCGAGAGAGAUUUAUAUGGUUAUCAAAACGUCACGCCAGGGUAAACCUACACAAAACACAGCCCUUAUUUUAAGUGUUUCUAAAAUCCCCUAUGGGGAAAAUGAAUGGUGGAAAAACGAUUGGAACCAUUUCCCUGUUUGACCGCUAGGUUUUAUGGGUAUUAUGACACCUCCACUGUGGGGCUGUCACAUUCCCCAACCCACAACCCAAUCCCUCCCCAUUUUUCAAUUAGUCGUUUAGUACAGCACCAUUUCCGUUCAAUUGAAUGUUCCAGAACGUAAAAACGUACUGAACGCAGACCUGGUGUACAAAACCCCUCCCACUCCCCUGCUACUUGGAGGGAAGCCUGCUCCUUAUUGGCCGCCACACACCUCAAUCAAUGUAAUCAACCAGAUCACGUCCAUCUGAAAGAGGUGGGGCUAUUCCUUUAUAUGCCCCCUAGUUUCUGGUGUAAAGCAGACUGAAGCAGGUUUCCCGCUAGGAUUUUGCCUGUGCUUAGCUCCAUCCUGUUUCUUCUCAUUCUGAAACUCCCCAGUCUUUGCCGAUGUCAAGCAUACCCAUAACAUGAUGCAGCCACCACCAUACCUUGAAAAUGAGGAGGCAGUUACUCAGUCAGUGACGUGUUGUGUUGGAUUUGCCCCAAACAUAAGGCUUUGCAGUUAAGGCAAAAAGUGUAUUCCUUUGCCGUGCUUUUUUGCAGUAUUACAUUAGUACCUUGUUGCAUACAUAUGCAUGUGUUGGAAUAUUUUAUUCUGUAUAUUGUUAUUCUUGUCACUCAGUCAUUUAGGUCAUUAUUGUGGAGUCACUGUUGUUGAUCCAUCCUCAGUUUAUUCCCAUCACAGCCAUUGAACUGUGUAGCUGUUUUAAAAUCACCAAUGGCCUCAUGGUGACAUCCCUAAGCAGUUUCCUUCCUGUCUUGCAGCUCAGUUCAGAAGGACGAUUGCAUCUUUGAUGUGUCUGGGUGAUUUAAUACAUUAUCCACAGCAUGAUUAUUAACUUGACCAUGCUUAAAGAUAUAUUAAAUGUCUGAUUUGUUAUUGUUACCCAUCUACCAAUCACUACCCUUUAUGAGGCGUUCGAAAAGCUCCCUGGUCUUUGUAGUUGAAUCUGUGCUUGAAAUGUAAUACUUGACUGACGGACCUUACAGAUGUUGUACAGUGCCUUGCAAAAGUAUUCAUCCCCCUUCGCAUUUUUCCUAUUUUGUUACAUUGCAACCUGUAAUUUACAUUGAUUUUUAUUUGGAUUUAAUGUAAUGGACAUACACAAAAUAGUCAAAAUUGGUAAAGUGAAAUAAAAAGAAUAACUUGUUUCAAGAAAUUCUAAAAAAUAAAUUACGGAAAAGUGGUGCGUGCAUAUGUAUUCACCCUUUUGAUAUGAAGCCCCUAAAUAAGAUCUGGUGCAACCAAUUACCUUCAGAAGUCAGGCAAGGACGGCAAUAAUCAGAGAUGCAACAAAGACACCAAAGAUAACCCUGAAGGAGCUGCAAAGCUCCACAGUGGAGAUUGGAGUAUCUGUCCAUAGGACCACUUUAAGCUGUACACUCCACAGAGCUGGGCUUUACGGAAGAGUGGCCAGAAAAAAGCUAUUGCUUAAAGAAAAAAAUAAGCAAACGCGUUUGGUGUUUGCCAAAAGUCAUGUGGGAGACUCCCCAAACAUAUGGAAGAAGGUACUCUGGUCAGAUGACACUAAAAUUGAGCUUUUUGGCCAUCAAGGAAAACGCUAUGUCUGGCGCAAACCCAACACCUCUCAUCACCCCGAGAACACCAUCCCCACAGUGAAGCAUGGUGGUGGCAGCAUCAUGCUGUGGGGAUGUUUUUCAUCGGCAGGGACUGGGAAACUGGUCAGAAUUGAAGGAAUGAUGGAUGGCGCUAAAUACAGGGAAAUUCUAAAGCAACACUCGAGUGGUUUAAGGGGAAACAUUUAAAUGUCUUGGAAUGGCCUAGUCAUGGCCCAGACCUCAAUCCAAUUGAGAAUCUGUGGUAUGACUUAAAGAUUGCUGUACACCAGCAGAACCCAUCCAACUUGUAGGAGCUGGAGCAGUUUUGUCUUGAAGAAUGGGCAAAAAUCCCAGUGGCUAGAUGUGCCAAGCAUAUAGAGACAUACCCCAAGAGACUUGCUGCUUUUAUUGCUGAAAAAGGUGGCUCUACAAAGUGUUGACUUUGGGGGGGGUGAAUAGUUAUGCACGCUCAAGUUUUCUGUUUUUUUGUCUUAUUUUGCAUCUUCAAAGUGGUAGGCAUGUUGUGUCAAGGGGGGUGAAUACUUUUGCAAGCCACUGUAUGUAUUGGGGACAGAGGAAGUGGUAGUCAUUUAAAUAAUCAUGUCAACCCCUAUUUCACACAGUGAGUCCAUAUAACUUGUGUGAUUGUUAAGCCAAAUUUGACUUCUGAACUAAUUUAGGCUUGCCUAAACAAGGGGGUGAAUACUUAAGCAAUUACUAUUUUAGUUAUUACAUUUUUAUUAAUUUGUAAAACAAGAUGUAGAAUUUUGUGUAGAUCAUUGAUAAAAAAUUACAAUUAAAUCUAUUUCAAUCCCACCUUGUAACGCAAUAACAUUUGAAAAAAGUUCAAGGGGGUGAAGACUUUCUAUAGGCACUGUAGAUGUAUAUUGUCUGAUAGAUUGUUGUGCAUGUACAGUAAGUUCACUUCCCUUGUUUGCUAAUUGUGGAGCAUUUCAGUUUGGUUAUGAUUUCCUUUUAUUUCCCAUGCGUGUCUGUUUGUACCUAGACAAACCAUUUACAUCACUAUCAUAUUUAAUCUCCUGUUAGCUGUGACAUUUGAAGCCUACAAAAGACCCGACAAACCUGUUCUAAAAACAAAAAAAUAUCAAAAGUAGGGCUGGGAAUUGUCAGGGACCUCACAAUAUUAUCACGAUACUCACAGUGCCUGUAGAAAGUCUACACCCCCUGUAAAAACGGCCAGCUCAUCUCCUUUCCAAGACCCCCAACUUUCUUGUUGUUUUCCUAUUGGAAGAAGGUCACGCCAAUCAACAUAAUUGUAUUAGCCAAUCAGCAGCCUUUUUACCCUACCAGGCAGGGCCUCAGGCAGUCUCUAGUUUGCAUUCUGAUGACCAACCUGUUUUUCUCUCCUGCUUAUUCUACCUCCUUAGAAGAAAUUGCUUUUCUUUCUGAUGUUUAUUGUGCGUGCAGCUAAAUGUAAGUGCCGAAAUCCUGAUGUCUUGUUGUUUGGAGCUAAAUAGUGUCUGUUGUAAAUAUGUACAGUACCAGUCAACAGUUUGGACAAACCUACUCAUUCAAGGGUUUUUCAUUAUUUUACAUUGUAGAAUAAUAGUGAAGAUAUCAAAACUAUGAAAUAACACAUAUGGAAUCAUGUAGUAACCAAAAAUGUUUUAUAUUUGAGAUUCUUCAAAUAGUCACCCUUUGCAUUGAUGACAGCUUUGCACACUCUUGGCAUUCUCUCAACCAGCUUCAUGAGGUAGUCACCUGGAAUGCAUUUCAAUUAACAGGUGUGCCUUCUUAAAAGUUGAGUGUGGAAUUUCUUUCCAUCUAAAUGCAUUUGAGCCAAUCAGUUGUGUUGUGACAAGGUAGGGGGGGUAUACAGAAGAUAGCCCUAUUUAUUUGAUAAAAGAUCAAGUCCAUAUUAUGGCAAGAACUGUUCAAAUAAGCAAAGAGAAACGACAGUCCAUCAUUACUUUAAAAUAAUAAAAAUAAAUAAUAUGCCAUUUAGCAGACACUUUUAUCCAAAGUGACUUACAGUCAUGCGUGCAUACAUUUUUGUGUAUGGGUGGUCCCGGGGAUCGAACCCACUACCUUGGCGUUACAAGCGCCGUGCUCUACCAGCUGAGCUACAGAGGACCACAUGAAUGUCAGUCAAUAUGGAACAUUUAAAGAACUUUGAAAGUUUCUUCAAGUGCAGUCGCAAAAACCAUCAAGCACUAUGAUGAAACAAUGUAAAAAAAAUUGUAAAAAUAAAGAAAAACCCUUGAAUGGUAGUGCACCAUUUGUGUUAAACUUGCUAGCUAGCUAGCUCGCGUACUCCCGCUAGCGUUAGCAUUAGCAUUGUCACUCGGAAUGCAUUACUAUUUAGCAUGCUUAUUAGCGAUUAGCAUUUAUUAGCAUUUGUCUGUGGUGCUAGGCUAUUUCCGGUUGUAGAUCGCUCAUGCUUAUUAUGUUUUAUAAUGUUUAGAUAUUUCUACAUUGCUCUAUUGUUCUUUGUGCAUCUAGCAUGUGUUUGGGUCCACAUAGCCUGUUUAUUUGUUGACAUGCAAAUAGGCAUAUUUUUCCCAUACUGUGCUAUAGCCUAAGUUCUCCUCUUUUCUUUACAGAACCACAAUUAGUAUCAGAGAGAGUGGUGUUGUGUGUGUGUGUGUGGAUCUUCAAUAAACCCUUGAACUGGAACUACUGCUUCCUCGUGUUCUGAACGGACACCCUGUUGUGGUUGCUACCGGCCUAAAAUCCAGCACCUAAGUUUUCUAUCCCUUUUUAUUGGUCCUUCAAAUUCAUAAACAACACAUAUGUUUCACCCCCCUUGGAUUUCUUCACAUUUUAUUGUUACAAAGUGGAUUAAAAUGAAUUUUUCACCUAGCGUCUAUGCACCCUGUCUCAUUUCAAGUAACUCGCUGCAGUCUUAAAGAAACUUUAACUCAUAUGUCCCCUGUAGCUCAGUUGGUAGAGCAUGGCGCUUGCAACGCCAGGGUUGUGGGUUCGUUUCCCAUGGGGGGCCAGUAUGAAAAUGUAUGCACUCACCAACUGUAAGUCGCUCUGGAUAAAAGCAUCUGCUAAAAUGACUAAAAUGUAAAUAUACUUUGCAUAGAAACCCAAAUAAAAGCAUGUAGAUAGAAAGAUGUGUGUGUCAUGUAUCCUAGAAUGGAGGUUUAAAAACGACAGCUGCAUAUUAGCCAAUAUGGCAUAGCCUACACAUAUAGCAUACCCUGCGAUACAAUCUUCUCUUAAAACAGUUGUACAAUGUGCUCUGCAAUAAGAUAACCAGUGGUCGGCAUGCAUAAUGUUGGAUGCAUUGGAAUAUAAGGUAUGGAGAAUUAUAAAGAGCCUGUAGGAUUAUAGAAAAAUCAGUUGGGAAAUGAAUGUUUGAGCUUCAAAAUACUAAAUGUUCGGUGAAUGUGAGCAUUUAGGUGGUUUAAAUGAUUAACUUUCCUGCUAUCCUUGUAAAAGUUGACGGUGCCAAAAUCUUGCCAAUUAAUUCAUUAUUCUACGUGUGAGACAUGUUUUCCAUAAUGUAUGUUUCAUGCAGAUACAUUAGAACAAAGAACCCCAUCACAUUUAUACAUUUUAGUCAUUUAGCAGACGCUCUUAUCCAGAGCGACUUACAGUUAGUGAGUGCAUACAUUUUCAUACUGGCCCCCCGUGGGAAACGAACCCACAACCCUGGCGUUGCAAGCGCCAUGCUCUACCAACUGAGCUACAGGUGUUUCACCAUUUAUAGAGUAUGGAGUCAAAUAGCAAAGGUGUCUCAUGCAGUUUUUGAAUUAUCUAAAUAUAGUGUAACAUUCCAAUCAAUGUAUAUCAAGUGCCGUGGAGAGCACAAUCUUACAAUGUUGCGGUCCAGAAAUGAGAGCUUCACCAUCUAUGCCAAAAGCCUGGGUCUCUGAUGGAGACUGUUGAACUGUCAUCAACGCAUGCUUUAGCAUUCCCCCUUCUCUCUAGGAACAUUUGUGUGUCCAAGCCCCAUAGGCAUAUCGAAAGGAUUCCACCCUGGUCACCAAUGUAGCUGUCAGAUGUAGAGACAAGUGCCUUAGCCGAAUGCAAUCUGUAGUUUGUGUGGUCGAGAGACGAGAACUCUAUUGCAAAAGCUUGGCUCCUGACGGGGACAAUUGGAAUUCUCCCACUGCAUGUUACCAUAGUAAAAUAAUAUGUUUGUCACCUUAGAAUGGCGCCGGAGAAGAUGGCUGCCGUUUUACAGCCCUCUAACCAAUUGUACUAUUAUGUGUGUUUUUCCGCAUUAUUUGUAACUUAUUUUGUACAUAAUGUUUCUGCCAUCGUCUCUUAUAACCAAAAAGAGCUUCUGGAUAUCAGGACAGCGAUUACUCACCUCGUAUUGGACGAAGAUUUUUACUUCAACGGGGCGGCCGCGAAGGAUAUCCUACAGACACCCGACAAGGCCCAAAUCCCCGUCAUUCACAUGAGGAAGAGACAGAGAUAUUGUGGACGUAGGUCGGGUACCUUGUAAGGAUCCGACGGCGAGCGAGUAAACUGCCGCUCCCAUCAAUCCUAUUAGCCAAUCUUCAAUCAUUUGAGAAUAAAUUGGAUGACCUAAGAUUACGGUUAUCCUACCAACGGGACAUUAAAAACUGUAAUAUCUUAUGUUUCACCGAGUCGUGGCUGAACGACGACAUGGACAACAUACAGCUAGCGGGCUAUACGCUACAUCGGUAUAUCAUGUAUAUUUGUAAACAACAGCUGGUGCACAAAAUCAAAUCCCUGUUCACCCACGACUACGUGGCCAAGCACAACUCCAACAUCAUCAUUAACUUUGCUGAUGACACAACGGUGGUAGGUCUGAUCACCGACAACGAUGAGACACCCUAUAGGGAGGAGGUCAGAGACCUGGCAGUGUGGUGCCAGGACAACAACCUCCCCCUCAACGUGAGCAAGACAAAGGAGAUGAUUGUGGACUACAGGAAAAGGAGGGCCGAACACGUCCCCAUUCACAUCGACGGGGCUGUAGUGGAGCGUGUCGAGAGUUUCAAGUUCCUAGGUGUCCACAUCACCAACAAACUAUCAUGGUCCAAACACACCAAGAAAGUUGUGAAGAGGGCACGACAACACCUUUUCCCCCUCAGGAGACUGAAAAGAUUUGGCAUGGGUCCCCAGAUUCUCAAAAAGUUAUAUAGCUGCACCAUCGAGAGCAUCCUGACUGGUUGCAUCACCUCCUGGUAUGGCAACUGCUCGGCAUCUGACCGUAAGGCGCUACAGAGGCUAGUGCGUACGGCCCAGUACAUCACUGGGGCCAAGCUUCCUGCCAUCCAGGACCUAUAUACUAGGCGGUGUCAGAGGAAGGCCCAAAACAUUAUCAAAGACUCCAGUCACCCAAGUCAUAGACUAUUCUCUCUGCUACCGCACGGCAAGCGAUACCGGAGCGCCAAAUCUAGGUCCAAAAGGCUCCUUAACAGCUUCUACCCCCAAGCCAUAAGACUGCUGAACAAUUCAUCAAAUGGCCACCUGGACUAUUUGCAUUGACACCCCCCCUUUGUUUUUACACUGCUGCUACUCGCUGUUUAUUAUCUAUGCAUAGUCACUUUACCCCUACCUACAUGUACAAAUUACCUCAACUAACCUGUACCCCCGCACAUUGACUCGGUACCGGUACCCACUGUAUAUAGCCUCAUUGUUGUUAUUUUAUUGUGUGACUUUUGUAUUUUAUUUAAAACUGCAUUGUUGGUUAAGGGCUUGUAAGUAAGCAUUUCACAGUAAGGUCUACAGCUGUUGUAUUCGGCGCAUGUGACAAAUAAAAUUUGAUUUGAUUUGAAUAAAAUUAGUGGGUCGUGCGUUGAUGACUGUAUUAGAUGUUGGACCCAAUAUAGACAGGUGUGUGCCUUUACAAAUCAUGUCCAAUCAAUUAUAUUUACCACAGGUGGACUCCAAUCAAGUUGUAGAAACAUCUCAAGGAUGAUCAAUGGAAACAGGAUGCACCUGAGCUCAAUUUCGAGUCUCAUAGCAAAGGGUCUGAAUAUUUAUGUAAAUAAGGUAUGUUUUCGCUUUGUCAAUAUGAGGUAUUGUGUGUAGAUUGAUAAGGAAAUGUUUUUCUUUAGUCCAUUUUAGAAUAAGGCUGUAAAAGAACAAAAUAUGGAAAAGGGGAAGAGGUCUGAAUACUUUCGGAAUGCACUGUAGGUAGGGGUAAAGUGACUAGGCAACAGGAUAGAUAAUAGACAGUAGCAGCAGCAAAUGUGAUGAGUGUGUAAGUGUAUGUGUGUGUGUGUGUGUGUGUGGGUGAAGUCCAGUGUGUGUGCAUAGAGUCAAAAAGGGUCAAUGCAGAUAGUCCGGGUAGCUAUUAGGUUAACUAUUUAGCAGUCUUAUGGCUUGGGGUAGAAGCUGUUCAGGAGAUUUUUGGUCCCAGACUUAGCGCUCCCGUACCGCUUGCCGUGCAGUAGCAGAGAAAACAGUCUAUGACUUGGGUGGCUGGAGUCCUUGACAAUUUUUAGGGCCUUCUUCUUACACGCCUGGUAUAGAGGUCCUGGAUGGCAGGGAGUUCGGCCACAGUGAUGUACCUUGCGGUCAGAUGAAGAGCAGUUGCCAUACCAAGCGGUGAUGCAGCCAGUCAAGAUGCUCUCAAUGGUUGUAGCUGUAUAACCUUUUGAGGAUCUGAGGGCCCAUGCCAAAUCUUUUCAGCCUCCUGAGGGGGAAUAGGUGUUGUGGUACCCUAUUCACGACUGUGUUGGUGUGUUUGGACCAUGAUAAGUCCUUAGCGAUGUGGACACUGACGAACUUGAAGCUCUCGACCCCGCUCCACUGCAGUCCUGUCGAUGUGAAUGGGGGUGUGUUCGGCUCUGUUUCCGAUAGUCCACGAUAAGCUCUUUUCGUCUUGCCCACGUUGAGGAAGAGGUUGUUGUCCUGGCACCACACUGCCAGGUCUCUGACCUCCUCCCUAUAGGCUGUCUCAUCGUUGUUGGUGAUCAGGCCCUCCACCAUUGUGUCAUCAGCAAACUUGAUAAUGGUGUUGGAGUGGUGCGCGGCUACGCAGUCGUGGGUGAACAGGGAGUACAGGGUACCAAGCACGCACCCCUGAGGGGCCCCCGUGUUGAGGGUCAGCGUGAUGAAUGUAUUGUUGCUUACCCUCACCACCUCGGGGCAGCCUGUCAGGAAGUCCAGGAUCCAGUUGCAGAGGGAGGUGUUCAGUCCCAGGGACCUUAGCUCAGUGAUGAGCUUUGAGGGCACUAUGGAGUUGAACACUGAGCUGUAGUCUAUGACCAGCAUUCUCACGUAGGUGUUCCUUUAGUCCAGGUGUGAAAGGGUAGUGUGGAGUGCAAUAGAGAUCGCAUCAUCUGUGGAUCUGUUUGGGCGGUAUGAGAUUUGGAGUGGGUCCAGGGUUUCUGGGAUGAUGGUGUUGAUGUGAGCCAUGACCAGCCUUUCAAAGCAUUUCAUGGCUACAGAUGUGAGUGCUACGGGAGGUAGUCAUUUACACAGGUUACCUUGGUGUUCUUGGGCACAGCGACUAUGGUGGUCUGCUUGAAACAUGUAGGUAUUACAGACUGGGUCAGGGAGAGGUUGAAAAUGUCAGUGAACAUACAAAGCAUUACACAUGAUCAUCACUGAUGUGAUCUUCCUGUCCGGUUGUGCGCCCCAUCAGGCUCGUGCAGUGGAUGAGAUCUUCGUGGGCUAUACCCCGCCUCAUCUCAGGGUGUUAAGUUGGUGGUCUGUUGAUAUCCUUCUAGUGAUAUGGGGGCUGUGCUUUGGCAGCGUGGGUUGGGUUAUAUCCUGCCUGGUUGGCUCUGUCCUCAGGGGGUACCCCCCCCCUCCCCCCCAGGGGGUACCCCACCCCCAGUAUCUAUGCUGCAAUAGUCUAUGUGCCGGGGGGCUAGGGUCAGUCUGUCCUAUAUGGUGAAAUUCUCCUGUAUUCUCUCUCUGUCUCUGUCUCUGUCUCUCUCUGUUUCUCUCUCACUCCCGCACCUGCUGUCUCAACCUCGGAAUGCUCAGCUAUGAAAAGCCAACUGACAUUUACUCCUGAGGUGCUGACCUGUUGCACCCUCUACCACUGUGAUGAUGGUGAUGAUGAUGAUGGUGAUUAUUAUUCGUCUAUGAAUGUUUGAACAUCUGGAAGAAUGAUCUGGCCUUAAUGGCCAAAUACUCUUAUUAUCUCCACUCGGCAAAGCCAGAAGUGGACUAACCACCCCUCAGAGUCUGGUUCCUCAAUAGGUUUCUUCCUAGGUUCCUGGCUUUCUAGGGAGUUUUUCCUAGCCACUGUUCUAAUACAUCUGCAUUGCUUGCUGUUUGGGGUUUUAGGCUGGGUUUCUGUAUAAGCCCUUUGUGACAUCUGCUGAUGUAAAAAGGGCUUUAUAAAUACAUUUGAUUGACUGUAGCUUAGCAUCUGCUUCAUCUGACUACUUCCGUAUUGAGCGAGUCACUGGUACUUCCUGUUUGAGUUUUUGCUUGUAAGCAGGAAUCAGGAGGAAUUAGAGUUAUGGUCAGAUUUACCAAAUGGAGGGCGAGGGAGAGCUUUGUUUGCAUCUCUGUAUGUGGAGUAAAGGUGAUCUAGAGUUUUUUCCCCUCUAGUUGCACCGGUGACAUGCUGUUAUAAAUUAGGUAUAACAGGUUUCAGUUUUCUUCGUAUUAAAAUCACCGGCCACUCGGCGAGCCACCCCUGGAUGAGCAUUUUCUUGUUUGCUUAUGGCCCUUUACAGCUUGUUGAGUGCGGUCUUAAUGCCAGCAUCGGUUUGUGGUGGUAAAUAGACAGCUAUGAAAAAUCUACAUAAACUCUCUUGGUCUACAGAUUAUCAUGAGUUAUUCUAACUCAGGCGAGCAGAACCUCGAGAAUUCCUUAAUAUUAGACAUUACGCACCAGUCUUUGUUGACAGAGACACACCCCACCCCCACGGAUCUUACCAGACGCUGCUGUUCUGUCCUGCCAAUGCUUAGAAAACCCAGCUAACUGUAUAUUGUCCUUGUUCAGCCAUGACUCCAAAGAGCAUAGUAUAUUACAGUUCUUAAUGUCUCGUUGAUGGGACAGUCUCGAACGGAGCUCGUCCAGUUUGUUCUCCAGCGAUUGCACAUUCGCCAAUAGAACAGAGGGUAGGGGCGUUUUCAAGAUUCCAAGAUAGCAUAGCAGUGCGGUCGUGUUCUCUUGUGUGUCCAUGUAAAUAGCCUGUUUUUUGUAUUUUUUUUUGUAUUUUACGUAUAUAUUUCCCUAUCACACUUUUCAUCCUUCUACUAAAUAUACUUUCCUGCAACCCGCCUCACUCAAUGUGGAACGGAUUCUAUUAUUUACUCACCUUUAUCUAGAAUCUCCAGUUGAAACUAGCCAGCCAGCUAACUAGCUAACUAGCAACUUGCUAUUAGCCACCGUCAGCGGUUUUCACCCAGAACAUCGGAUUUUCUGCCGGAAUAACUGAAUCACUGGACCUUAACACCGGAUCUAGCUAGCCGCAACCGAAUGGAUGUCGCUGUAGGCUAAUCACCACUGCCCCCGUAGCACCAGUUAGCCUUGAGCCUUGAGCUAGCCCCGGCUAUCUACCUCUCUGUCUACCGGACGGGAGUAGCCAGCUAACCAGCUAACUAACUACUUGCUAUUAGCCACCGUUAGCUGCUUUUUCUCCAUUGUCCGUGGCCUGCACUACCUACCAGCCAGCUCUAGUCUGGACUAUUAUUGGCCAGUCUGCACUGUCUGCACAGCGAGUUAUCGACCCAGAACCUAUCGGAUUUUCUGCCGGAAUCACUGAAUCACUGGACCUUUAACACUGGAUAAUCGCAACUAGCUAGCUGCAACCAUAUGAACGUUGUUGUUGGCUAAUCAGCCUUGAGCUAGCCUUUAGUCAAGCACAUCUCCCGGCUAUCUACCUCUCUGUCAACCGGACGGGACCUCCUAGAGUCGACACGGAGCCCUGCCAAUCCAUCACGACUGGUCUGCCGGCGUAAUCGUCUGUGGUUUCAACAGGCUUCCCGUUGCGACGACCACGAAGAUCCAUCUGCUAGCCCCGGCCCGCUAGCACACGCAAACUACAACCGUGCUGCCUGCUCGCUGUGCUGAAGCACCAAUUUUAACUGCUCUCGGACUCACAUAUUGCUGUUCACUGGACCUUAUGAUCACUCAGCUGCACAGCUGAUGCCUGCUGGACUGUUCCUUUACACGGUACCCUGUCCUGUUUAUUCUGUUUAGCCUCAGCCCAAACUUUAUCGCCAUUACCAGUUGUUGUCUUAGCUCUCUCUAAUAACACCUGUGAUUGCUUUAUGCCUCUCUCCCAUGUCAAUAUGCCUUGCAUAUUGCUGUUCCAGUUAGUUCUUAUUAUACAAUUUCACUGAAUAACCCCAAGUCCCUCUCAAACUGCCUCAAAUAGUUCCUUUGUUCCACCCCCCAUACACACCGAGACCGGCUCAAUCGGUGCCUCCAGUGAUGCUAUCUCUUUCAUUGUUACCCAACGCUUAGGUUUACCUCCACUGUACUCAUAUCCUUCCAUAUCCUUGUCUGUACAUAAUGCCCUGAAUCUUUUCUACAACGCCCGGAAAUCUGGCCCCUUUAUUCUCUGUACCCAACGCACUAGAAGACCAGUUCUUAAAGCCUCGAACAAAAACAACAAAACGAUACAUGAAGUCCUUGGUAACAAACACAACCCAACACGGAACAAAACGAGAACUUAUAGGACACAUAAUUAACACUAAACGGAAACAGGUGUACAAAUAAGACAAAACCAAACAAACAUCGAAAACAUACAACGGUGGCAGCUAGUACUCCGGGGACGACGACCGCCGAAGCCUGCCCGAGCAAGGAGGAGGAGCAGCCUCGGCCGAAACCGUGACACCUUAUUCUAGUCUCCUCUGUUCCUCUGGUGAUGCAGCCCCCAGUAUCACUCCUACUCCCCAGGAGCUAUCAUUUGUUGAAUUCUGUAACCGUAAAAGCCUUGGUUUUCUGCACGUUAACAUCAGAAGUCUACUUCCUAAGUUUGAGUUAUUCACUGCGUUAGCACACUCCGCCAACCCUGAUGUUCUAGCAGUGUCUGAAUCCUGGCUUAGGAUUCCAUCCCCAACUACAACAUUUUCCGUCUAGAUAGAACUGCCAAAGGGGGUGGAGUUGCAAUCUACUGUAGAGAUAGCCUGCAGAGCUCUAUCAUACUAUCCAGGUCUGUGCCCAAACAGUUUGAGCUUCUACUUCUAAAAAUCCACCUUUCCAGAAAUAAGUCUCUCACUGUUGCCGCUUGCUACAGACCCCCCUCAGCCCCCAGCUGUGCCCUGGACACCAUAUGUGAAUUGAUUGCCCCCCAUUUAUCCUCAGAGUUCGUACUGCUUGGUGACCUAAAUUGGGAUAUGCUUAACACCCCGGCCAUCCUACAAUCCAAACUAGAUGCCCUCAAUCUCACACAAAUUAUCAACGAACCUACCAGGUACAACCCUAAAUCCGUAAACAUGGGUACCCUCAUAGAUAUCAUCCUGACUAACUUACCCUCUAAAUACACCUCCGCUGUCUUCAACCAGGAUCUCAGCGAUCACUGCCUUAUUGCCUGCGUCCGUAACGGGUCCGCAGUCAAACGACCACCCCUCAUCACUGUCAAACGCUCCCUAAAACACUUUAGCGAGCAGGCCUUCCUAAUUGACCUGGCCCAGGUAUCCUGGAUGGAUAUAGAUCUCAUUCCGUCAGUAGAGGAUGCCUGGUUGUUCUUUAAAUGUAAUUUCCUCUCAAUCUUAAAUAAACAUGCCCCAUUCAAAAAAUACAGAACUAAGAACAGAUAUAGCCCCUGGUUCUCCUCAGACUUGACUGCACUUGACCAGCACAAAAACAUCCUGUGGCGUACUGCAUUAGCAUCAAAUAGCCCCCGCGAUAUGCAACUUUUCAGGGUAGUCAGGAACCAAUAUACACAAGCAGUGAAUAAAGCAAAGGCUAGCUUUUUCAAACAGAAAUGUGCAUCCUGUAGCACUAACUCCAAAAAGUUUUGGGACACUGUAAAGUCCAUGGAGAAUAAGAGCACCUCCUCCCAGCUGCCCAUUGCACUGAGGCUAGGAAACACUAUCACCACCGAUAAAUCUACAAUAAUCGAGAAUUUCAAUAAGCAUUUUGCUACGGCUGGCCAUGCCUUCCACCUGGCUACUACUACCCCGGCCACCAGCUCUGCACCCUCCGCUGCAACUUGCCCAUGCCCCCCCCCGCUUCUCCUUCACCCAAAUUCAGACAGCUGAUGUUCUGAAAGAGCUGCAAAAUCUGGACCCCCUACAAAUCAUCUGGGCUAGACAAUCUGGACCCUUUCUUUCUAAAACUAGCCGCCAAAAUUGUCGCAACCCCUAUUACUAGCCUGUUCAACCUCUCUUUCGUAACGUCUGAGAUCCCCAGAGAUUGGAAAGCUGCCGCGGUCAUCCCCCUCUUCAAAGGGGGUGACACUCUAGAUCCAAACUGUUACAGACCUAUAUCCAUCCUGCCCUGCCUUUCGAAAGUUUUUGAAAGCCAGGUUAACAAACAGAUCACCGACCAUUUCGAAUCCCACCGUACGUUCUCCGCUAUGCAAUCCGGUUUCCGAGCUGGUCAUGGGUGCACCUCAGCCACGCUCAACGUCCUAAAUGAUAUUAUAACCGCAAUCGAUAAUAGACAGUACUGUGCAGCCGUCUUCAUCGAUCUGGCCAAGGCUUUCGACUCUGUCAACCACUGCAUUCUUAUUGGCAGACUAAAUAGCCUUGGUUUCUCAAAUGACUGCCUCGCCUGGUUCACCAACUCAGAUAGUUCAAUGUGUCAAAUCGGAGGGUCUGUUGUCUGGACCUAAGGCAGUCUCUAUGGGGGUGCCACAGGGUUCAAUUCUUGGGCCGACUCUUUUCUCUGUGUAUAUCAAUGAUGUCGCUCUUGCUGCUGGUGACUCACAGAUCCACCUCUACGCAGACGACACCAUUUUGUAUACAUCUGGCCCUUCAUUGGACACUGUGUUAACAAACCUCCAAACAAGCUUCAAUGCCAUACAACACUCCUUCAGUAGCCUCCAACUGCUCUUAAACACUAGUAAAACUAAAUGCAUGCUCUUCAAUCGAACGCUGCUGGCACCCGCCCACCCGACUAGAAUCACUACUCGCGACGGGUCUGACCUAGAGUAUGUGGACAACUACAAAUACCUAGGUGUCUGGUUAGACUGUAAACUCUCCUUCCAGACUCAUAUUAAGAAUCUCCAAUCCAAAGUUAAAUCUAGAAUCAGCUUCCUAUUUCGCAACAAAGCCUCCUUCACUCAUGCUGCCAAACAUUACAAAAUAGCCUCCAACACUCUACUCAGCAAAUUGGAUGUAGUCUAUCACAGUGCCAUCCGUUUUGUCACCAAAGCCCCAUAUACUACCCACCACUGUGACCUGUACGCUCUUGUUGGCUGGUCCUCACUACAUUUUCGUCGCCAAACCCACUGGCUCCAGGCCAUCUAUAAAUCACUGCUAGGCAAAUCCCCGCCUUAUCUUAGCUCAUUGGUCAACAUAGCAACACCCACCCGUAGUAUGCGCUCCAGCAGGUAUAUCUCACUGGUCAUCCCCAAAGCCAACACCUCCUUUGGCCGCCAUUCCUUCCAGUUCUCUGCUGCCAAUGACUGGAACGAAUUGCAAAAAUCUCUGAAGCUGGAGACUCUUAUCUCCCUCACUAACUUUAAGCAUCAGUUGUCAGAGCACCUUACCGAUCACUGCACCUGUACACAGCCCAUUUGAAAUUAGCCCACCCAACUACCUCAUCCCCAUAUUGUUAUUUAUUUUGCUCAUUUGCACCCCGUAUCUUUAUUUGCACAUCAUCUCUUGCACAUCUUAUCUUUCCAGUGUUAAUACUAAUUGUAAUUAUUUUGCACUAUAGCCUAUUUAUUGCCUUACCUCCAUAACUUGCUACAUUUGCACACACUGUAUAUAUAUUUUCUGUAGUAUUUUUGACUUUAUGUUUUGUUUUACCCCAUAUGUAACUCUGUGUUGUUGUUUUUAUCGCACUGCUUUGCUUUAUCUUGGCCAGGUCGCAGUCGUAAAUGAGAACUUGUUCUCAACUGAUUUACCUGGUUAAAUAAAGGUGAAAAAAAUAAAUAAAAAUUGUUAUAUUGUCUAAUCGCAGUUGUCUCUGUCUGGGUAACGGAAGCCCCCUUGUUAGUCUAGUUUGAAAAUAUAAUUCAUAUGAACAUGUAAAAGGUUGCUUCAGUUUGACAGGGUUUUCAUCCUCCCUAUAAGGCCAGGGGCUUCAUUUAUAACCAUUUACAUUUACAUUUACAUUUACGUCAUUUAGCAGACGCUCUUAUCCAGAGCGACUUACAAAGUUGAAUCAGGUGUGUUUGUCCGGGGCUACAACACAAAUGUGUGCUGUUGGGUGGACUGUAGGACUGGCGUUGGGAAACACUGUCUAGGCUACUAUAGGCCGAUGUCACGCCUUGACUCUGGGGACUCUUGUUUGUUGAGUCAGGGUGUGAUUUCCUAUGUUGUAUUUUCUAUGUUUUGAUCUAAUAUGUGUAUUUCUAUGUUGGCCGGUGUGGUUCCCAAUCAGAGGCAGCUGUAGCUCGUUGUCUCUGAUUGGGGAUCAUACUUAGGCAGCCUAUUGGCACUCGUUAAGUUGUGGGAUCUUGUUCCGUGUGAGGUAUGUUGUUUGUUGUACCUUGGACUUCACGUUUCGUUUGGUUUGUUGUUUUGUCGGUUGUUUAUUCAUUUAAAUAAACAUGUACGUAGAUCACGCUGCGCCUUGGUCCGUCCCGUCAGUGAACGAACGUGACAGAAGAUCCAAACGAGGACCAAGCAGCGUGUCCAGGCGGAGCGGAUGGCCAUGUCACAGGUGGCCAAUUUGUGGUCAUGGGAGGAGAUAUUUGCAGGGAAAGGACCAUGGGCUAAGUUAGAUGCCCAGGCAGGAGAGGAGCAACGGCAACACAGAGGAGGCCGGUCGAGGAGGAAGCCCGAGAGACAGCCCCAAUAAAAAAUGUUGGGGGGGCUAAAAGGGUGGUUGGCGGAGCCUAGUGUUAGAGCAGAGCCAACUCCCCGUACUCACGUGAGGAAGCGUGUGACUGGGCAGGCUCCGUGUUAUGCGGAGCUACGUACUGUGUCGCCAGUGCGCGUGCACAGUCCUGUACGUCCUGUGCUUGCACCACGCACGUGCCGUGCGAAGAUGGGCAUCCAGCCAGGACGGGGUGUGCCAGCUCUCCGCUCCAGCCCUCCAGUCCGCCUUCGCAGUCAGGUCCGGCCCGUUCCUGCUCCUCGCACCAAGCCAGUGGUGUGCGUCGCCAGCCCGGCCCGGACCGUUACUGCUCCUCACACCAAGCCAGUGGUGCGCGUCGCCAGCCCGGCCCGGCCUGUUCCUGCUCCUCGCACCAAGCCAGUGGUGCGCGUCGCCAGCCUGGCCCGGCCUGUUCCUGCCCCUCGCACCAAGCCAGUGGUGCGCGUCGCCAGUCUGGCCCGGCCUGUUCCUGCCCCUCGCAUCAAGCCAGUGGUGCGCGUCGCCAGUCCGGCCCGGCCUGUUCCUGCUCCUCGCAUCAAGCCAGUGGUGCGUGUUCCUAGUCCGGUCCGGCCCGUGCCUGCUCCUCGCACCAGACCAGUGGUGCGUGUGUCCAGUCCGGCACGGCCCGUGCCUGUUCCACCGGUGCCUGAUCCAGCUCCGGUCAGCUGCUCCAGUCCGGAGCCAGAGCAGUCCGCUCCACCGGUGCCUGAUCCAGCUCCGGUCAGCUGCUCCAGUCCGGAGCCAGAGCAGUCCACUCCACCGGGGUCUAGUCCAGCUCCGGUCAGUGGCUCCACUCCGGAGCCAGAGCAGUCCGCUCCACCGGUGCCUGAUCCAGCUCCGGUCAGCGGCUCCACUCCGGAGCCAGAGUAGUCCGCUCCACCGGGGUCCAGUCCAGAUCCGGUCAGCGGCUCCACUCCGGAGCCAGAGCAGUCCACUCCACCGGUGCCUAGUCCAGCGCUGGUCAGCGGCUCAAGUCCGGAACCUGAGCAGUCCGCUCUACCGGUGCCCGGUCCAGCUCCGGUCAGCGGCUCCAUGUAUUAUUAAAAUCCACUGAAAGUCUUAUUGGUAAUUCCUCCCAUACACAGACGCAAACGGGUUGAUUUCUUGUCAGUGUCUCCCUCGGAGCAUCCCAAACAUAGAUCUCACUCAAUUACUGGGGUGACAGUGACAGACAGACAGACAGUCACGCCCAUACACAUGUACUGUAUGUGUGCACACACACACACACUCACACACACGUGAAAGGAAGACCACCUGACACAUAGGCACUACAAGUAGCAUGGCAGAGGAAGUGGAAGAUGUUUUUCUGGAUUUUUUAGUAAUUUGUAUGUGUUUGCCAGGAACUAUACUAUGACUGUACAAAAACUGGUCAAACAAUUUUGUUGAUUCAAAAAUAAGCUCUUGACUAUGCCACGAGUACAGAGCUACUGCUAGCUACCCACGCAGGCCUGCCACAUACCUGUAUAUUCAGGGCAGAAGAAAAACCCAAGUCCAAAUGCUGAUGUGGAUACUUUUCUAAGAGCAAUGGGGAGGAUACAUAUCGACUGCGUACCUAUUGACUUUGAUGGGAGUUUGUUUGAAAAACAAAUAUUUAUCUUGCCACAAAAUGUUAUCAGAGAACAAAUCUGCUUGAGUAAGAGGUUUGACUUGAGAAAAUGAGCCUGAUAGUGUUGUGGAAAAUAACCACUAUACUUUAUUAAAAAUUAAAGGUCUUACAGAGUUUUUGUUGCAUCAAGAAUGGCUUUAUUUUUAAUUCAACAAAGCCAGGUCAAUCUGCAGAUUGGAACCCCCUCUUACUCUCUCCUUCCAUUUUAUAUAGUCCCCUCUUCAGUUUCCCGCUCUUUUAUUGCUCCGCCCAUUUCCUUUGUCUCUGAGGGCGGCUAAAUUCGACUUUCAUUAAGUUCAGAGUACUACAAUCAAUUAAUCCUUAUCUUGCAAAAACACUCAUGUUUAGUUUAAACUCUGUUCAACCCCGGCUCUUUUCACUGUGUUUGAAGAUAGAAACAAUAGGCCCAAGCCAGUUUCAGUCUUUGAUAUGAUAAGACAACCAUGGAUCUAAGUAAGAGCAAGCAAUUUGACCCUGGGUCAGCUUCCCUCUUUACCACCACACACACAGUGAAAUGACCCAAUUAAAUUCCUGGCCCAGUAACAAAUAAUUCUAACUCUAUGUUCGUGAUUAACCCAGUUUUAUCUGAUAAUCCAUUAAAAAUAAACAUCAUAUCCCUCCUAAUGGGAUUACUAAUCCCAUAAAUUUACAAAAGUAUAUUAUGUUUAUGCUAUCAAUCACAAUCUUUGCAUUCAAGGUUAUACUCAUAAUACAAAUAUCACUAUUCCUACUCAAAAUAAUUCCAAUAUAAGUAUUAGUAUCCUAACACAUUAAAACUAACGUAGCAUUGUUUUAACCAUACUACCUAGGACAUGUUUAAGAAUAGUGUCAACAUCUUUAACUCACAUACAGUGGGGAAAAAAAGUAUUUAGUCAGCCACCAAUUGUGCAAGUUCUCCCACUUAAAAAGAUGAGAGAGGCCUGUAAUUUUCAUCAUAGGUACACGUCAACUAUGACAGACAAAUUGAGAAAAGAAAUUCCAGAAAAUUACAUUGUAGGAUUUUUAAUGAAUUUAUUUGCAAAUUAUGGUGGAAAAUAAGUAUUUGGUCAAUAACAAAAGUUUCUCAAUACAUUGUUAUAUACCCUUUGUUGGCAAUGACACAGGUCAAACGUUUUCUGGAAGUCUUCACAAGGUUUUCACACACUGUUGCUGGUAUUUUGGCCCAUUCCUCCAUGCAGAUCUCCUCUAGAGCAGUGAUGUUUUGGGGCUGUCGCUGGGCAACACGGACUUUCAACUCCCUCCAAAGAUUUUCUAUGGGUUGAGAUCUGGAGACUGGCUAGGCCACUCCAGGACCUUUAAAUGCUUCUUACGAAGCCACUCCUUUGUUGCCCGGGCGGUGUGUUUGGGAUCAUUGUCAUGCUGAAAGACCCAUCCACGUUUCAUCUUCAAUGCCCUUGCUGAUGGAAGGAGGUUUUCACUCAAAAUCUCACGAUACAUGGCCCCAUUCAUUCUUUCCUUUAAACGGAUCAGUCGUCCUGGUCCCUUUGCAGAAAAACAGCCCCAAAGCAUGAUGUUUCCACCCCCAUGCUUCACAGUAGGUAUGGUGUUCUUUGGAUGCAACUCAGCAUUCUUUGUCCUCCAAACACGACGAGUUGAGCUUUUACCAAAAAGUUUCAUCUGACCAUAUGACAUUAUCCCAAUCCUCUUCUGGAUCAUCCAAAUGCACUCUAGCAAACUUCAGACGGGUCUGGACAUGUACUGGCUUAAGCAGGGGGACACGUCUUGCACUGCAGGAUUUGAGUCCCUGGCGGCGUAGUGUGUUACUGAUGGUAGGCUUUGUUACUUUGGUCCCAGCUCUCUGCAGGUCAUUCACUAGGUCCCCCUGUGUGGUUCUGGGAUUUUUGCUCACCGUUCUUGUGAUCAUUUUGACCCCACGGGGUGAGAUCUUGCGUGGAGCCCCAGAUCGAGGGAGAUUAUCAGUGGUCUUGUAUGUCUUCCAUUUCCUAAUAAUUGCUCCCACAGUUGAUUUCUUCAAACCAAGCUGCUUACCUAUUGCAGAUUCAGUCUUCCCAGCCUGGUGCAGGUCUACAAUUUUGUUUCUGGUGUCCUUUGACAGCUCUUUGGUCUUGGCCAUAGUGGAGUUUGGAGUGUGACUGUUUGAGGUUGUGAACAGGUGUCUUUUAUACUGAUAACAAGUUCAAACAGGUGCCAUUAAUACAGGUAACGAGUGGAGGACAGAGGAGCCUCUUAAAGAAGAAGUUACAGGUCUGUGAGAGCCAGAAAUCUUGCUUGUUUGUAGGUGACCAAAUACUUAUUUUCCACCAUCAUUUGCAAAGAAAUUCAUUAAAAAUCCUACAAUGUGAUUUUCUGGAUUUUUUUUCCUCAAUUUGUCUGUCAUAGUUGACGUGUACCUAUGAUGAAAAUUACAGGCCUCUCUCAUCUUUUUAAGUGGGAGAACUUGCACAAUUGGUGGCUGACUAAAUACUUUUUUUCCCCACUGUAUCUUCAUUCAGUUCAAUCAUUCAUCUUACAAUUCAUAAUCGUAAUCAAAUUACCCAAAACAAAUUUAAAAUGACAAUUCUUAGUUAGUCACCUUGGUUCCAUAAUUCAAAGUUAAAACUCUCACCUUGGCACAUACUGACACUGGCAGAAUGUACCUUUAUAUUAUCCAUAAUUUUAGCAUUAUCUUCCUCAUAAAGAGAAUUACAACAGAUCAGUAUCUCAAUGCAUUCCUAGUCUAAAUUACCAUAAAUUUUGCAGUGUAUAAUACCUCCUUAAUCAACCUACUACCUCCAAUAAUAAUCCCUUCCUCCCCCGGCACUUAAUCUUCUGGCCUCUUCAUUUUGUUCUUCAGAUAGCUUCAUAGUUCAUCUUGGAUUGCCCAUGGCAAUGUCCCAAUUCCAAUGUCACACCUGAGCUGCCCCAACUCUACCUCCAUUCUGUUUUGUCCAUUUUGCUAAUCAGUAUACCCAAACUAUGAGAAAUGUUGUAUUUGAAUAGGUCUCUCUUCCUGCUCACUCCACAUGGACUCCUGUCACAUUCUUGAGAGAAAAGGCAUAAAAGACAAGGCAAUGUAUUGCUUUGAUUUGAUGCUGGUUCUGAUUCAGGUCUCCUGGUAGAGGUGGUGCUGGACAGGAACGUCUUCAACGCCUUUGUUGCUCCUCUUCAGCCAGGUAGAGGGUUUUUUGUUUUUAUUGAGGUUCACACCGUUCUGGAUCGAAUUAUCUCUGUUUUGCAUUAAGACACCAUCCACAGCAACCUCAAGAAAGGACAAAUCAUAACAGUUUAGUUGAGUUAAUUUCCAAUCCAAAACAUCCCUAUUAACAUUGACUAUAUGACAAAUCAUUUAUGUUUCACCACUCAUUCUUAAUACCAAUUUCUAAUACAUGAUCCUGCUGCCUGAUAGAUUUUUCCUUAAGGGGUCCCUGCAUUCCAAAGGCUAUCUGUAUAAAUGCCACAUAAUUUCACAUUCUCCCUUGAAUUCUUCCAACUUCUAUAACCCAAUUGUUUUAUUGUACCACUCCUAUAUAAUUUGCUCAUGGUCUAUUUGACAUUACUCUGGCGUUUCCCUUUUCCUUGUUCCUAUUCUAACAACUAAUUGCUUACCCUUCUCUCCCCAUCCUGGGUGAUUAUAAAAUUGUUUAUAUUUAGGGUUUCCUAAAUAUGCCAAAAGUUGUGAUUGAAUCAUAGCACAGUCCUGGUAACUGUAAAUAUUUUGAACUACUGUUAAUUCUUUAAACGGAGAUGUGGUGCAUAUUAGACUAUUUUCCUUAUUUAAUUUUAAUGUAAUACAUUGUACUCAUCUAUACCAAUCAUUGUUUAACUGCUCCUUCCAUUCCCUUAAUUCUGCAUUUGGUAUAGCUCUAACAUACAGUGAGGGAAAAAAGUAUUUGAUCCCCUGCUGAUUUUGUACGUUUGCCCACUGACAAAGAAAUGAUCAGUCUAUAAUUUUAAUGGUAGGUUUAUUUGAACAGUGAGAGACAGAAUAACGACAAAAAAAUCAAGAAAAACGCAUGUAAAAAAUGUUAUAAAUUGAUUUGCAUUUUAAUGAGGGAAAUAAGUAUUUCUGGCUCCCAGGUGUCUUUUAUACAGGUAACGAGCUGAGAUUAGGAGCACACUCUUAAAGGGAGUGCUCCUAAUCUCAGCUUGUUACCUGUAUAAAAGACACCUGUCCACAGAAGCAAUCAAUCAAUCAGAUUCCAAACUCUCCACCAUGGCCAAGACCAAAGAGCUCUCCAAGGAUGUCAGGGACAAGAUUGUAGACAUACACAAGGCUGGAAUGGGCUACAAGACCAUCGCCAAGCAGCUUGGUGAGAAGGUGACAACAGUUGGUGCGAUUAUUCACAAAUGGAAGAAACACAAAAGACCAGUCAAUCUCCUUCGGCCUGGGGCUCCAUGCAAGAUCUCACCUCGUGGAGUUGCAAUGAUCAUGAGAACGGUGAGGAAUCAGCCCAGAACUACACGGGAGGAUCUUGUCAAUGAUCUCAAGGCAGUUGGGACCAUAGUCACCAAGAAAACAAUUGGUAACACACUAUGCCGUGAAGGACUGAAAUCGUGCAGCGCCCGCAAGGUCCCCCUGCUCAAGAAAGCACAUAUACAGGCCCGUCUGAAGUUUGCCAAUGAACAUCUGAAUGAUUCAGAGGAGAACUGGGUGAAAGUGUUGUGGUCAGAUGAGACCAAUAUCAAGCUCUUUGGCAUCAACUCAACUCGCUGUGUUUGGAGGAGGAGGAAUGCUGCCUAUGACCCCAAGAACACCAUCCCCACCGUCAAACAUGGAGGUGGAAACAUCAUGCUUUGGGGGUGUUUUUCUGCUAAGGGGACAGGACAACUUCACCGCAUCAAAGGGACGAUGGACGGGGCCAUGUACCGUCAAAUCUUGGGUGAGAACCUGCUUCCCUCAGCCAGGGCAUUGAAAAUGGGUCGUAGAUGGGUAUUCCAGCAUGACAAUGACCCAAAACACACGGCCAAGGCAACAAAGGAGUGGCUCAAGAAGAAGCACAUUAAGGUCCUGGAGUGGCCUAGCCAGUCUCCAGACCUUAAUCCCAUAGAAAAUCUGUGGAGGGAGCUGAAGGUUCGAGUUGCCAAACGUCAGUCUCGAAACCUUUAUGACUUGGAGAAGAUCUGCAAAGAGGAGUGGGACAAAAUCCCUCCUGAGAUGUGUGCAAACCUGGUGGCCAACUACAAGAAACGUCUGACCUCUGUGAUUGCCAACAAGGGUUUUGCCACCAAGUACUAAGUAAUGUUUUGCAGAGGGGUCAAAUACUUAUUUCCCUCAUUAAAAUGCAAAUCAAUUUAUAACAUUUUUGACAUGCAUUUUUCUGGAUUUUUUUGUUGCUAUUCUGUCUCUCACUGUUCAAAUAAACCUAUCAUUAAAAUUAUAGACUGAUCAUGUCUUUGUCAAUGGGCAAACGUACAAAAUCAGCAGGGGAUCAAAUACUUUUUUCCUUCUCUGUACAUACUGUCAAUUUACAUUUCACCUUUCAGAAUCCAUUAUCUUUGACCCUCGGAAGGAUUCUUUAACUCCACUGAAUUUAAUACUUUUCCCUGUCACCAAUAUAGUCAAUUUCUCAGUGUAAGGAAUCAGUGAUAUUUGAUCCCAAGUUUCUAUUAAAAUGUUGUUUGAGAUGUGUGUCUUCUACAUCUCCCUCAUCAUUCAUACUGUAGGGGAUUCCUGUAGGGGAUUUCCAUCAAUCCCAGAAAAAAGACUCCCAAUCAAGACACAUCAGACAUCAUCCUGUUCCAUUAAGUAGAAUAUACACCUAUAACAUAAAACCCAUAACCACUUUCCAGUAUUCUAAUCAUUUCAACCUGCUGCAUUGAUUUUAGUAAAAAUAUAAAUUGUUGUACAAUCAAUCCAGAACCUACAAAAAGUUAGUCCUGUCCCCUAGUCCAAAAUAAAUGCUCCUUUAGCUACCCUGAUGUGGUCCUUCCCAUGAGUUCUAAGACUGCUGCCAUUCAUCUUAGCUGGUGCCAUUUCUUUGCCAAUUACCCUGUUGUGGUUGCCUAGGCCACCACGGCUUGGUAGGAUAAUCCCUUCUCAUAUGUCCUGAUUGAUUGCACCUCCAGCAGACACCUGGUCUUCUUGGUCCACCACUCUGGUGUGUCUGAUGCUGUGGUUGGUACUAUUGAUUCUUGGGUCUCUUUUCAUUAUUCUUGUUUUGCCACUCUCCAGGGGAUAGUUGUAAGGCAGGAGCUCUUUGGUCUUGCUGCUGAGGCGUUAUCUGUUGACCUCCUUGGAGAACAGGUGUAGCUUGUGUUUUAAUUUUUGUUCUUUCUUGUCAGUUCUUCCAGCUGCAACUGUCCCAGUUUUCUCAUAAUCUCUCUCCACUGCUUGGCCAAUUUCCAUUAAUCCCUCCUGUAUUUCUGACGUGAUUCUGAUGUUAGUCCUUCUGUCUCAGUCUGUCCUUAAUCAGAGUUAGCAUACUGUCUAAGUUCUUCACCUUCCUCAUCACUUGUAUUCCCCCCAUCUCUUUGCCCAGCAUACUCUUGUUCAUCUAUCCCAUAAUUUUCCAGUUCCGCUAACAUGCCCCUCAGUCCUCCAUAAUAGUCUAUAUCUAAAUGUGAUUGUUCUCCUCUUCCUGGUGUGGAAACCUGCUGCUUCCUUUUUUACCUCUUCUAUCUCUACAUUCCCUGUUAUUGAGACUAGACAUGUGACCUGAGAAUACUGCCCCCCUUCUGUGUAUGGUGGUGGUGUAGUUAAGCCAGCCUUUUUUGGUUCACUCUCCCUCUCCAUCAUUAUCCUUCUAGCCUUUGCUAUGCUGUCCCUCCAACUCUUUCCUUCCUCACAGAAUAUUUUCAAGAUUUCUCUCUCUUUCUCUCUCUCUCUCUCUCUUCUUCUUCUUUCCAAAAAAUGAAAUGUUAUCCCUUGCCUUUCUUUUAAUAUUCUUCUUAUCCUUUGUUCCCUUGUCUCAUCUCCCAUUAAAAUAAGACACUCGCUCCCCUGUGCUUCCGAACUAUACUCUUAUUUUCCUUUGUUCCCUUAUCUUAUCCCAAACCUAUAAAAUAGCCCUAGAGACUUUUCCUGUCUCUAGGUAUUUUCCCAGCACCCUAUUGGUUCUAGGUCACUAGACCACACCCUACUUUCCCCGAUCAAUAUCCUCGUUACUCUACUUUUCUAAAACCCUCCCAUUGUACUAACGUACUCUAUUUUCCCCGUAUCUGAACUUUUGUAUCUGUUUUCCCGUGGUUCUCUUUCUAAUCUUCGUCUCGGCAUUUAUUCACAAACCUUGGCUUUCAACUCUCCCUUUUCCUUGUUUAUAUCUGGACUGCUAAUCCCUAUCCUAAAUUCUCCUAUCUAGAUUUCUAUUAUUAAUCUCCUUUACAGCUCGAUUCGUACUCGCUAGUCUGUCUCUCUUUUACCCGCGAACUAAAACAUGGCAUUAGUAAAGUCUAUUCCCAAACCACCAAUAACUAAUAGUAUAUUUGCAUUCAUAUUAUUAAAAUACAUUACUUUCCUCUGUCUACCCAUACAAUUCACCGUUGCAAUUCUAACUUCCCUACUAAAUUACUUUCCUUUGUUAUCAAUUCAAAUCCUGGCCCCAGCUCUAUCGCAAUUGCCAGUCCACUAUUCAAUUUAUGUGACUGUCCUUUCUGAUUACGCUCUAAUUAAUAAAACAAAUACUUGCAAGCAUACAUUUAAUUCACACCCAUGUUCAAUUCAAUAUUCCAAAUUACAGGGAAUGGCCGGCAGGGAUGUAGCUCAGUUGGUAGAGCAUGGCAUUUGCAACGCCAGGGUUGUGGGUUCGAUUCCCAUGAAAAAUGAAAAAAUUAUGUAUGCACUCACUAACUGUAAGUCGCUCUGGAUAAGAGCUUCUGCUAAAAUGUAAAUAACCAGAACACCUAGUUUUUAGUCAGUAAUGCAGGACUAUGCUUUAUUGGAAUGACAAAUAAAUCCUCCUUUAUCCUAAUUAAAAUGGUCUGUAGUUCUUAUUUCUUGCACAUACCAUACUUAUAAUUUAGCAGUCAACGAGUCAACUCUACAUUCAUUAAUUUGGUAACAGAUCUAACGAAUUUAAUCAAAUGGAUUAUGCUUUUCCCCCCUAAUUUACUACAAUUCCUUUACUAUAUCACCUCUGCUCCCGAAAUGAUAGAUAGUUAUUAUACUGCUUAACAUUUUCUACCACACGCUCUAUGUACUGUCUCCCACCCCCCACGUACGUCUACGUGUUUGGGCGCACAAGCCAGCACUCAUAUAUUAUUUCACUUUUACCCACUCUCUAAUAAUCACUUAUCCGCACAUAACAUCAUCAACAUUUGGGAGGGCGCAGGUGGACCUGUUUACCUCUCUGGGCAAUGCACACUGCCCCCUGUGGUACUCCAUGUUGGAGCCACCAGGGCCUCUGGGCUUGGAUGCUCUGGCUCACGAUUGACACCUUGGCAACUGCCCCUGAGACCCGACCUGCUGUCUCAGGCCGGGGGAACUCUGUGGCAUGCGAGACCGCACCGCCUCAGUCUGUGGGCUUGGCCACUGAACGGCACCAAUGGUCCAUGUUAGGACUACAGGCACCGGCUACAACCGCGGCAUACCAGUUGUGCUGGCGGUUGUUCUGCUCUUGGUGCACUGGUAUUGAGGUUGUGCCCGAGUCAUGCGGGGUGCAGUAUGUCCUCCAAUACCUGCAGUCUCGCUUGGAUGAGGGCUUGGCAGCCUCUACACUGAGAGGGUAUUUGGCCGCUAUAUCUGCCUGCCAUGUGGGGUGGAUGGACAGGCCAGUGGGGCGCCAUCCCUUGGUCUCCAGGUUUAUGAAGGGGGUUUGUCGCCUGAUUCCAGCUAGGACCCGCUCAAUGGCGAGCUGGGAUCUGGAUGUGGUCUUGGCAGCUUUAGCAAAGCCGCCUUUCGAACCAUUGGAGUCUGCCUCCCUGAAACACCUCUCUAUGAAGGUGGUUUUCUUGGUGGCGAUUACUUCCAUGAAGAGGGUGGGUGAGCUCCAUGCUUUUCGGUAAGUUCUGAGUGCUACCGGAUGGUAUAUCUCUCUGCCCCAACCCUUCAUUCCUCCCGAAGGUUCUGUCAGACAGGCAUGUGAACAUCCCUUUUAUCCUGUCUGCUUACGACCCCCCGGCAGUGGCGGGGGAGUCUGGGCCUCCCUCCGGCAUGCUGUGCCCUGUGCGGGCACUGGCUGACUAUGUGGAGCGGACACGGUCAGUGAGAACAACAGACCAGCUCUUUGUUUCACUGGAUCAUGGACACGAUUACGACAGCAUACCGCCUGGCUGGCAGGCCAAUGCUGGGAUCUGUGGUGGCACAUUUAACACGAGGUGAUAUCUGUGCCGCGACCAGCUGGGCUUCCUCUUGUACCUUUACUAGGUACUAUCGGGUAAAUGUGGCACCUCCCUCUGUGGUUGGUUCAGCUGUCCUGGGUGUCGCCUCCCCUUCCGGGGACUGUGCCGGGACCCCCAUUCCACAUUGACGGCCCCUGCGUCUCGGUUCCGCGCUGGGACUUCGCCGCUGGCUGGCCAGGUCCCUCUAGCACCGACUAAAUCAGGUACGGGUAUGAUCCAAUAUAGUGAAACAUAACGAAGGUUAUGUAUGUAACCACGGUUAUGUGAGCUAUAUGGAUCACUCCAAUCCUCUACGGUGCUAGAUGCGCCUCAAAAAUGAUGUAGAGAACGUGUGGUCUAUGGGGUCUAUAUAUAGGGGCGGACCCCAGCCGUGACACAGGUGUACAGGAGUAAAUCUGUAAAUCCUCACCUUGGAUGUAUCCCUCCACCGCGGAGUGAUACCAAUAUAUUGAUGGGAUCCAUAUAGCUCACAUAAAAGUGGUUACAUACGUAACCUUAAUUUACUAGACUGUGAUACCAACUUUCUGUUUACACAGCCUGAAACUAAGCACUGCAAAAUCUUGGAACGUUUCCUUACAAACCAGAAUGUUUAAUAAAAUUAAAUUUGAACUUAGUCUACCGGUUGUCUGUGCUGUUGGUCUUUCAGAUGGUCAAAAUUUGAGAUAAAAUAUCCACAGGAAAGUAUUAUUUACCUGACUUUUUAGAGCACCGGUACUGCCAUUUGAGAUUUCUAUCAGCUGCCACAUGCACAAAACCAUGUAAACACCUGCACGACUUGAAUUAGUAUGCAUGCAUCGGGUGUAUGUACUCCUGUCUUGUGCAUGUGCCUUAGGUCAGUUUUUCCCAACUCCAGUCCUUGAGUACCACCAACAGCACACAAUAUUGUUGUCACCCCGGACAAGCACACGGAUUCAAGUUGUAAACUAAUCAUCAAGCCCUCAAUGAGUUGAAUCAGGUAAGUUUCCCCAGGGCAACAAGAGUUGAAGAGCUGGGAAACACUGCCUUAGGUGAUGAGCAAACAUAUCUUGAUUGCCAGACAGAGAGACCUGCGUUUUAGUCGGUUUGUUUAUAAUAAUACUUUCCUGUUGAUAUUUUGUCUCAAAUUUCGACCCGAAUGCAUCGCAGUGCCUGAGGCGUCACUACAGACCCGGGUUCAAUCCUGGGCUGUGUUGCAGCCGGCUGGGACCGGGAGACUUAUGAGGCAGCGUACAAUUGGCCCAGAGUCGUCCGGGUUAAGGGAGGGUUUGGCCGGCCGGGGGAUGUCCUUGUCCCAUCGUGCUCAAGUGACUCCGGUGGCGGGCCAGGCGCAUGCACGCUGACACCGUCGCCAGUUGUACGGUGUUUCCUCUGACACAUUGGUGCGUCUGGCUUCCGGGUUAAGCGAGCAGUGUGUCAAGAAGCAGUGCGACUUGGCAGGGUCGUGUUUCGGAGGAUGCACGGCUCUCGACCUUCGCCUCUCCCGAGUCCGUAGGGGAGUUGCAGCGAUGGGACCAGACUGUAACUACCAACUGGAUAUUACGAAAUUGGGGAGGAAAAAAGGUAAAAAGCCAUUUACAAAAAAUAACAAAUAAAAUAAAUUAUACCCGAAUAAGAACCAACCCCACGGAUAAUUGGCAGAAUAAGUUCAAAUAAAAUUUUAUUCAACAUUCGUGACAGACAAGGGAUGUUUAGGGUUUUUUUCUAUAUAAAAAUGUGUGACUAUGCUGUACAUGCAAUGGAAAGCAUAGUCCCAUUACCUGCAGUCUACCAUCUCCACAGGUACAAUAAGCUGAGCCGUAACAUCAGAGAGCUCAGAAGAUCUGUGAUCUGGACGAGAAGGAUGGCUUCAGAGCUCACAGCACAGGUCAACUGCUUGAGAAACUGUGAGUAUCACUGUGACCUGCUGAAUUCAAACUCGGGUCCCUUGUGCCCAUAGGAAACUGUCAUCUAAAAUGAAGUGUGGGUAACAGAUUUACUACAGAGUGAUGAUGGUGUCUAACAUUUCCAUCUCGUCUUAAAGGUACGGCACUGGGCUGAUCCCUACCAAACAGAACUUGGCUCUCACAGAGAAAGUCAAAGCCUCUUCAUUCUGCAGGUGAAUAAACCCAUUCCAUCUCUCAAUAACAUUAGUAUAAGUAAAAGUAGAUAAAUAUCACUUUAUUCGUCAAUUGUACACAAGGUCCAACUGAAAUUUGAUUUCUGCUUUAUCCCAACCCUUCCAAAAGACACGCAUUCUUAUACAGGUUGGAGCAGGUGGCUGCCACAUUGGGCACCCCUGAAACAGUUGUUGUUGUGGGGGUGGGGGUGGGGGAUGGGGGGUUAAGUGCCUUGCUCAAGGGCAUCUAGGAUUUGAUAGCAGUGACAGCUCACUUCCCGCCAGAUUUUCCCAUCAGACCCAGGAUUCGGAACUGGAAACCCUCCAGUUGCUAGCUCGCCUCUCUAACUGCUAGGCUACCCGCCUCCCCUAGAUGAUAAUGCCUCCCCUAGAUGAUAAUGCCUCCCCUAGAUGAUAAUGCCUCCCCUAGAUGAUAAUGCCUCCCCUAGAUGUUAGUGCCUCCCCUAGAUGAUAAUGCCUCCCCUAGAUGAUAAUGCCGCCCCUAAAUGUUAGUGCCUCCCCUAGAUGAUAAUGCCUCCCCUAGAUGAUAAUGCCUCCCCUAGAUGAUAGUGCCUCCCCUAGAUGAUAAUGCCUCCCCUAGAUGUUAGUGCCUCCCCUAGAUGAUAAUGCCUCCCCUAGACGAUAAUGCCUCCCCUAGAUGAUAAUGCCUCCCCUAGAUGUUAGUGCCUCCCCUAGAUGAUAAUGCCUCCCCUAGAUGAUAAUGCCUCCCCUAGAUGUUAGUGCCUCCCCUAGAUGAUAAUGCCUCCCCUAGAUGAUAGUGCCUCCCCUAGAUGAUAAUGCCUCCCCUAGAUGAUAAUGCCUCCCCUUGAUGAUAAUGCCUCCCCUAGAUGAUAAUGCCUCCCCUUGAUGAUAAUGCCUCCCCUAGAUGUUAGUGCCUCCCCUAGAUGAUAAUGCCUCCCCUAGAUGAUAAUGCCUCCCCUAGAUGUUAGUGCCUCCCCUAGAUGAUAAUGCCUCCCCUAGAUGUUAGUGCCUCCCCUAGAUGUUAGUGCCUCCCCUAGAUGAUAAUGCCUCCCCUAGAUGAUAAUGCCUCCCCUAGAUGUUAGUGCCUCCCCUUGAUGAUAAUGCCUCCCCUAGAUGUUAGUGCCUCCCCUUGAUGAUAAUGCCUCCCCUUGAUGAUAAUGCCUCCCCUAGAUGUUAGUGCCUCCCCUUGAUGAUAAUGCCUCCAGCCUAUCUUGCCCACCAUAAUGAUUAGCUUACAAAUGGCUCAGAACCUGAUGACAGCCAUCACCUCAAUUAGAUUGUGCUUCUGUGAUUAUCUACAGUAUUUAGUGCUUUGUGGUCUUGACUGUACCUUAGAUGUAUAUGUGGGACCAGAGAUUGUAACAGACCCAGCUUUCCUUGUCACGAGGUGAGUGUUGGGUUUUGAUUUUGUCUGAUUACUUUUUUUCUUUCUUUCUAACAUCUUGUCAGUGUUCAAACCAGCUGCUCUGUCCCCAAAUCCUAAAUUAUUUAUUUCAUCAGAAAUAUGGAAGACUUUGUAACCUGGGUUGACUCUUCAAAGAUCAAACUGCAUGUCAUGACCUACAAUGAUGAG